GUAGUCCGCGUCGCGAUCCGGCGGUCGUUCUCUCUCUCUCUCUCUCUCUCAUUUUCAUCAUCUUCGAUCUCGUCUCUCGCCCGUUUCGAUCUAGCGUCCCGCUCGCGAUCGACCCUCCAUCGAGAUCGCGACGCAAGCAGUGAAACCUCGACGACGACGAGAAGGGGAUCGAGAGCGGAAAAGUGCGAAUUUCGGUGUACGGAGCGGAGGCCGCGCCUCUCUUUCCGCCCCCGCAGCGGAAACCCAGUCCUCGUGCGUGUAUGAGAUCGGUCGACCAUCGGGCACGUUGGAUCGCACCGAGGAUUUACCGCGAUGCUACUGGCCUGCGACCACGGUGAAAGCAGUUCGAAGUAGCCCACCAUGUCGCAACAACACCCGUCGAGGCCACCCGGGAGCCACGUGCCGCCGGGUGGCUGGCCAGGACGAGCGAACGCGCCGAGCCCGUUCAGGCCUGCUUCGCCAUAUACACCUUCGUCAUCGCCGCAUCCGCAAGGACGAGCUCGUACCGGACCCCCGACUCCGAUUCAUUCGGCGCGACCAAUGUCACCACUCGCCUAUCCCGCUGGGAUGAUGAUGCACCCGAUGAGUCCGGUGCCGAUCGGGAUGCCUAUCUCACCCGGGAUGUCGCCGGUCUUCGGCUGCCCGACUUCCGCUUACAUCCAGUGCCCAAGGCCGCGGUGGCCCUCGCCGAUCCCUACGGGCAGCCAGGCGCCAAGGCCGUUCAUACCAACGCAGAGCUCCUUCAGAAGCGACUCGGCAUCGCCGGUGCCGUGCGCGCCGCCGGAAUACCUGAUCGCGCCCUACAGACCCGGGGAUUACGAGUACAUCGGCGUGCCCUUAGACCAUACGCAGUCGGACGAGGAGAGCAGCGGGCCCAGCACCGCCGAGAUCAUCGCCAGUCAAAGCCAGGAUUACAUAGACGAGAAGCUCGCCGAGUACCAGGCCACGAUCCAGCAAUUGCAAGACGAGCAGGAACGCGUGCAGAAGAAAACCUUCGUGAACUGGAUCAACUCUUACCUGUCGAAGAGAGCCCCGCCGCUUCGGGUCGACGACUUAAUCGAGGAUCUGAAGGAUGGUACGCGCCUUCUCGCGUUGCUCGAGGUUCUCUCGGGAGAGAAACUGCCCGUGGAGAGAGGCCGUAACCUAAAGAGACCGCAUUUCCUCAGUAACGCCAAUACCGCGCUACAAUUUUUACAGAGCAAGAAAAUCAAAUUAGUGAAUAUCAACUCGUCCGACCUGGUCGACGGACGACCGCCAGUAGUUCUGGGCCUAAUAUGGACCAUCAUCCUGUACUUCCAGAUCGAGGAGAACACGAGAGCCCUCGAGUACCUCGGACAAACCUGGGGCAGUCAGAGCAGCCUCGAGAGCCUCGGUACUCAGGGUUCGGCGGCGAGUGAGAGAAAGCGCAUCAGCAGCGAGAAGUGGAAGCAGGGUGCGCGGAAGACCUUGCUGCAAUGGGUCACCAACGCUUUGCCCAAGGACGUCGGUAUCCAAGUUCGAGACUUCGGCGAGAGUUGGAGAGACGGGAAUGCCUUCUUAGCGAUCAUCGACGCCAUCAAGGCGAACCUGGUGAACAUAGCGGCCAUGAGAGAGGCGUCGAACCGAGCUCGCUUGGAAACGGCUUUCCAAGUCGCCGAAGACGAGCUGGGCAUAGCGCGCUUGCUGGAUCCCGAAGACGUGGACGUGCCGCAGCCCGACGAGAAAUCGAUCAUGACUUACGUCGCCCAAUUCUUGCACAGGUACCCGGAGCCGGGUAACACAGCCCCGGAUUCGUUCGCGACCGUGCGAGAAGAAUACGACGGCCUCCUGAAUUGGUUGAAGGAAAGAAUCCGGCAUCUUGAGCAACUUGAUCGAACCAACGCCUUCCCGCCGAGUUAUCCGGAAUAUAUGCUCUUCCGAGGGGAAGCUGACGAGAAAUCAAUUAUAUACAAGAAGAUGCAAAGUUUGGUCGAUACGCCCAGUAUGAUAAGCAUCACACGGGAUUCUUGGAGACACCUACAAAUGUUGUGGCAGCAGAUGGAACUCCUCAUGUUACACUGGCUCUGGUUAUUGGACUCGGCAUUGUCGGGCGAGUUAGGGGAAGCCGGCAGAUGGUUGGCGAAAGCCGAGGCUCUCUUGAACUCGGACAACGACAUACCGGAGGAGAUGACCGAGGGAACGGCGAAUAUAAUCUCGAACAAGUUGGAGGAUCACAAGAAGUUCUUCCUCGAUCUGCCGGCAAUGACGGAGAAGUUCCAGCACGCGAAAAACUCGCCGCUGGCACGGCAAGCCCAACCUGAACAAUUGCAGAGCAUGUCCGCACGUUUCGACAGUCUGCCCGAUCGCGCCGCUAAGAGAAGAGUAAAGCUGAAGUUUCUGGAGCACAAAUGCUGCCUGGUUGCUUUCCUCUACCUCGUGGAGACCAAGCUGAAAGGCUGGAACGUUAAGUAUGGCACGGAGGAGAAGGUUCACCAGAUGCUCGAGCAAUAUCGCAACUUCGUCUCGCGGAACAGAAUAUUCCAAGAGUUUCAGAAGGCUUACUUGGAUAUGCAGCAGGUCGCCGAGGAGUACAAGCGCGACGGUGAUAUCGACCGGGAAGAGAGCUUCAAUAUCGAUCGCUUCAUGCGGGAGACAGCUGAGAAGUGGAAGAACGUGUCGAUGGACCUGCGCUGCGCUCAGAGCAUGCUCGAGGAGGUGGUCGCUUAUUGGCGUCGUUGGACCCUCGUCUCGGACGAGUUCGAGACGUGGUUACAACGUGCCGAGCCUGCCUUAAAUCUUCCGGAGGACGAGCGGAUGGAAUUCUUCCAGGACAUCAGCGUGUGGAAGGACAAACAUCAGCAGCUGUCGGACACCGUGAGCUUCCUGAUCGCCACGUCGGACGAAUCGGUAGCGUUUUGCCUGAAGGAGCGUUACACGAACCUGACGUCCAGGUGGGAGCGGCUCUUUCAGGAAGCCAAGCAGUACAUGCACGCGGGCGAUCUCAUCCGAACUAGGAAGGACUACAAGGCGGGAGUGGAGACCCUGCAGAAUUGGCUGAGGAACGCCGAAGCCGCUUUAGCGACCACCGGGCUCAGCUCGACGGAACGGAUCAAGGCCUACGGGGAGAAGUUGCAGGCUCUUCACAACGAGGUGGAGGACAUUGAGGAUCUCUUCAAGAACAUCAGCAAGAAGUUCCAGACUCUCAUUCAAGAUCUGUCCCGCGACGAGGUUGACAAGAUGAUGAACACCCUGAAGAAGGAGAAGGAGGCGCUCGUCAAGGUGCGCGCCCUGAUACCCAUGCAGCUGCAUUUGUACCACCAAUUGCUGGUACAGCAGGAGUCCCUGGAAGCCGGUCAGAAGGAGAUAUCCGCAUGGUUGGACGAGGCCGAGAACUUCUUGGCGAGUAUCAAUCUCGCAGGUGGCAAGGACGCCGCUUUGGCUCAGUUGGAUCGCCACAAAGCCUUCUUCUCGCGUACGCUCUACUACAAGUCCAUGCUAGAGUCUAAAAACAAGGUUUUCGCGAGCAUCAUCAAGGCCGUCGAUAGUCACGCCGACGUGGAGACCGCCGAAGGUGGCGCUACUCUGAGGAAGCUCAACGAUCGAUUCGUCAAGGUCUCUCAGGCGGCGCAGGUCUGGGAGCAGCGCCUGCAGGAGUCCGUGCGGCGCUGGACUAAGUUCAAGGAAUGCGAGAGACAAAUUUCCGAAUGGCUGUCGGUCGCGGAGACGAUGAUCAACGACAAGCACAUCGACAAUCGCCAAUCCGUCGAGUACCACAAGAACUUCUUCGGCAAGGUGAACGAGAAGUGGAUACAGGAUCUCGUGAAGGCCGGUCAAGACCUGCGCAACGCGCUGCCGGUCGAGCAGCAGCUCUCCAUCGCGGGCACAGUAGAGGCACUGCAGAAUCGCUGGAAAGAGGUCCUCACGUUCGCGCCGCUUCAUCUGAUGAGGCUCGAGUUCCGUCUGGACGAAGCUAGCUUCCUCCAGUAUCUCAAGGAGAUCGAGAUGGAGAUCAGUUCGGAACAACAGGCGCUGGUCAAUAACGACGACGUGGAUGGUAUUCAGCAACGCAUCCAGGAAUUCUUCCUGAACCGCAGCUCGAAGGUCCUCGAGGUCGAGCGCUGCCUGCAGACUCUGAAGAAGAUCAGCGACGCCUAUGGCAAACACAGGCCGGGCGAUACCAGCCUGGCCGAUGCCACGCAAAAUGCCGAACGUCUGUGGGAAACCACCGCGCAGAAAGUAGAGAAUCUGAGGAAGAAGCUGCGCGAGGUCCAGCAACAGUGGACCGCUUACAAACAGAAAUUCGACGAAAUGGUGCAUUGGAUGGAUCACGUGGACGAUACCCUGAGGACCAUCUUGCGCGAGGUCAACACUCUGGAGGAGUUCGAGAAGGAGAAGACCAUAUUCCAGAAAAUCUGCCGCGAGGCCGACAACAAGCGCGAGGAGAUGAAGUGGCUGGUGCAAACUCUCGACAACCUGACGCUCAACCGUUCGGAUCGCGAAGCUCUCACGGCGCAGCAGAAUUUGGAGCAGCUGAUAAUUCGGUACAAGAACCUGAUACCGACGAUCGAGAUCACCAUGACGAAGACGGAUAUCUAUUCGAAGAGCUAUACCUAUCGGAAGGAGGUGCGCGAGGUGUGCACUUUGUUGCGCAAGGUUCGCGAACAAUCGAAGAUCGAGGUUACGCCGGAGGUGCCCGAGAAGCUGCAGAGUGCGGUGGCUCAUCAAGAGUCCCGUCUGAAUCAGUUGGAGCAACAGCGAGCGACGAUCGUCAGCAUGCUGCAGCGCGGUAAAGACCUCCUGAAGGACCAGCACGCGCCGCCCUUCGUCUCGUCCGAGGUCCAGCAGCUGGAGACCAACUGGAACGACACGUAUGGCCAAAGCAUGGAGACGCUGAAGUUGCUGAAGGACUCGCAGAAGCUUUGGAGCACUUAUCAAGAGCAGAAGGACGAGAUCCUGAAAUUGAUCGAGCAAGCCGAAAGGGAACUGCGGCAGAUCGAGUCGACUUCUUAUUACGACGCCGCUCAAGUGACCUCCGAUCUGCAGAAGCAACAGGAGUUCGGCGCGAAUCUGAGAAAGUCCACGGAGGAGAUGAUGAGGAAACUGCGCGAGACGCAUGCGAAUCUUCUGCAGGCGCUCGCAUCGCCGAGCAAGAAGGAGAUCCUGCAGAAGGAGGUGACAGAGACCGAGGAGAAAAUGGAACGCACGUUGAAGAUCGUCCGCGAGAAGGUGGUUUAUCUUCAAGAACACAGCACUCGAUGGAACAAAUUUCAAUCGAAACUUACGGAGCUCCGAUCCUGGAUUCAUCAGGCUGCGCCUGUAUCGGUCGCGGAUAUCGAGGAUUCCACGGCCUCGCCGGAGGAGAGAGUUCGCAAGACGGAGAAUCUGCAGAAGGAGAUCAAAGAGAGAACGUCGAUAUUGAGCGUCCUGGAGGACGAGUCUCGGAAACUCGUGAAAGAAAACAGCGGUGACGCGCCGGCGAAGCAGCUUCGCGCCGACAUCGAGAAUCUCCACAGGGCGGUGGAAACACUGAACAAGAGCAUAGUGACGCAACGUGAAUUGGCCGUGCAGAACCUCGCGACAUGGAAGGAAUACGAGAACGGUAUUCAGAAGAUAAAACCUUGGAUCGAACAAGCGGAGUCCAAGGCAGCCACGAUGGGCAGUAAGCCUACGACCUUAGCCCAGGCCACGCAGAUGCUGGAAUCGGCCAGGGCCUUCGAGGUUCAGUGUCAGCAAUAUCUCCCGAAAGUGCAGAGCCUGUCGACGAUCAGCCAGCAAAUAGCCGGGCGAACGGUGGCGCCCGACGAGGUCGACGCCGUGCACACGCGAUGGAACGCGGUCCACGACGUGGCGGUGCAGACGACGACCAAACUGGACAAACUGGUCUCGUCGUGGAACACCCUCGAGUCGGAGGCGGAGGAAUUCAACGAGUGGCUGCGAAGCAGCGAGAGGGAGGCUCUCAAGGAGCCGAACGUGCAGACGCCCGAAGCGGCCAAGUUGGAGAAGGAGCUGGUCCAGUUGAAGGGCUUCAACAAGAGCAUAUCCGACCAUCAAGCGCAGCUGAUAUCGCUGACUCAGAUCUCCGAUCACAUCAGCCACGGCCUGUCGUUGGACGGCGCGUCCGCGCUGAAGGCUCGCGUCGCCGAGAUGAAGGCCAGGGUGAGCAAGCUCGCGGACACGGUGCGGCAGCACAUCAACCGCGUCUCCGACUCGUUGCUGGCGCGGCAGGAGUUCCAGAUGAAGAUCACCGACUUCGAAAACUGGAUGACGCGGCUGCGCGCCAACAUCAACGAGAUCGGUGACGUCAAUGUGGACGACGUCGACGCGAAUCUGCAGACGGUGCACGCUUACCUUCAGGAGCACUCGGAGAAGCAGGCCGCGUUCGCCGUGAUCUACGACGAGGUGAAGCAACUGUCGUCGCGGGGCUCCGUGUUGGAAGCCGCUGCCCUCGACGAGACUUACACGUCCUUGGCGAAGAGGUACAAGGCGCUCGAGGACGAUCUCAGGGAGAAGAAGAAGGGCCUGGAGAAAUGGAUCGAGCUGCUCAGCUGGCACAACGACGCCAAUGCCCAGCUGAGCCACUGCAAGUAUGAGGCCGAGGCGAGGAAACCGAGCAUCGCGGACCUCGACAGGCUGUCCUCGGAGCUUCAGACCGUCUAUUCGAAGAUCCACACGUGGAAGGAGCACGUACCACUGAUGGACAGCACCCCGGGCAUACACGUCCGCGACAAGCAAGAGCGCCCGGUCACCGCGACCACUUUGCUGAGCGACCUCGAGUCCAAGGCCGCGGUGCUGAAGACGGAGCUGGCCGCCAAACGCGACAAGCUGGAGAAUCUCGGCGCUAAAUGGGACAACUUCAGGAAGCUGCAGCAGAAGAUCACGGAGGAGAUCGUCGGUACUCAGACGAGCCUGCAGGAUAUCACCUACGAGGUGGACACGUGCGAGAAGCUUGGGCCGGCGAUCGAGAAGAUCGACCACCUGAUCGAGGAUCAUCAGAGACGCGAGCCCGAGAAGGAGGUUCUUCACCGGGAAGGCGACAACUUGAUGAAGGAGGAUCAACGGGCGAUAACCAACAUUCAGGUGGUGAUCUCCUCGGUGGACGGCAACUGGGAAAAGGUGAAUGAGCUGCUGCGAGAGCAGAGGAAAAAAUACGCCGAAAUGGACGCCGACUGGAAGCAGUAUCAGGAGGCGAGAGAAAAGCUAAACAAGUUCGCCGACGAGGCGAAGACCCUCUGCCAGUCGGUGAGGGACGUGCCGACCGACGUCACCCAGGCGAACGUGACCCUGGAAAAGCACAAGAGAGCCUCGGAUAUCUUGAAGAAGGGCAAACAGUUCUUGGACAAGAUGGACGCCAAGACGCAGCAGUUGGCGAAGGAGGCGUCGUUGAUGCCGAAUUUCAAGACAAGCCUCAUCGAGUCGGACCUGUCGGACGUGCGGAACAAGUACCACGAGACUUACGCCAAGAUAAUCGAUCGCACGCAAAUCUACGAGACGCAGGUCAUCAUCUGGAAGCAGAUAGAGGAGGUGAAGUACGAGCUGACGAGGUGGCUCAGCGACACGAACGAGGCGCUCACCGCGGCCUGCGAGCGUCUGCUCGACGCCGAGAACGGCCAGGCGAGAUUGGCCAGGUAUCGCGAGGAGCUGCCGGUGCAUCAGCAACUUCGUCAGGGCAUCGCCACGAAGACGGAACAGCUGCUGAAGUUGAACGACGCGACGGACAUACCGACCCUGAGAUCGCUCAACGACUUAUUGGACGAUCAGUUCAAGCUCGUGAAGGAGGCCGCGGAUAAACUGGCUUCGCUCACGUCCACCUUCAACGAGAAGGAGAAGGGCAUCAGGCAGGAGCUGAAGAAGUGCAGCGACGCGAUAUCGAAGAUCCGGGAGGAGGUGAUCAAAUGCGACGACCUGACCGGCGAGAACACGAAGAUCCUGCGUCGCAUCAACAAGUGCCAGGAGCUGAAGACCGAGUUGGAGAAGCGCGACUACGAGUUAUCGGAGAUCGACGAGAAGCUGACGGACAUGACGGCGGAGUACCCGACGAUCUCGAAGUCGAACCUGCCGAAGGAGCUGCAGGCGCUGCAGCUUCGCAGAAGCGGCGUCGCCGGCUACGCGGACAAGGUGAUCGCCACGCUGGUGGCCUUCCUCAGCAAGCUCUAUCACGAGAAGUUCGCCACUCUGCAACGCAUGGUGGCGACGCACAGGGAGAAGGUGGCCUGGUGCGAGCCGGAGCAGAGCAGCGAUUGCUACAACCUCGAGGUGAAAAUGGCCUCUCUAGCCGAUGUGGAGGCCGGCAUCGCCGAUUGUUGCGCGCGGAUAGGCGACACGGACAACUCGCUGAAGCUGUUGAGCACCGUCGAGAGCGCGGAGACGAUCGAGGCGCUCCGUAGCGAGCGUGACAAGCUCGCGAACGACCUGGAGUCUUUGAACGCGAGCUACCGCAAGAUCAAGAGCGUGUUGGAGCAGAACAUCGCUCUGUGGCAGCGGUACGAGCUCACGUCGGAGAACGUGAUCACGUGGCUGAAAGAGAACGAGAGCAAGAUCAGCGUGGAGGCGACCACGCUCCUGAAUCCGGACGGGAUCGAGGCGAAGAUCGCCGAGAUAACGCAGCUCGAGAGGCAGGUGAAUGACUAUGACGGUGAGAUGAAGGACUUGAUCGCCCUCGGGGAGGAGAUCACCAAGAUCAGUCCCGAGUCGCGCGUCGUUCAAUACGUCGGCAACUUGAACACGCGCUACCAGUACGUGCUCAAGUUCCUGGCGCAGCAUCUGGACAGGCUGAGGGAAUUGCAGCAGAUCAGAUCUCAGUACGUCGCGAACGUGAAGGAAUUGGAGUCCUGGUUGCAGAACGCGGAGCGGAAGCUGAAGGUCUUCAACGAGAUCAGCGGCCCGAAGCCGAUGACUUUCUACCAGUCGCGGCUGAAGGAGCUGAAGGCGUUCGGAGAGGAGCGCGAGACCGGCCAGACGAUCCUGAAUCGCACCGCGGAGACCGGCGAGACGCUGUUCGCGCGAAUCACGCCGGAUCACAGGGAGGUGAUCAGGGCCGAGCUGAAGAACCUGCGUAAUCGCGUGGAGACGUUGGCCGAUCGCGCGAACGUCAUCUACAAGAAGAUCGAGAGCGACAUGAUGCACAGGUCGUCCUUCGAGGACAAGUAUUCGCAGGUGAAGCAGUGGGUGAUCGAGGCGCGGAAGAAGCUGGGCGACAAGCAGGAGCUGCUGCCGACGCUUCAGGAGAAGAAGCUCGCCCUGCACAUGUACAGGGCCAUCGCGCAGGACGUCGGGGUCCACCGGAACAUAUUGCAGCAACUUCAAGAGAGACUCGGCACGACGCCGGACGACGAGGCGAGUGAGAUGCUGAACACCGUGAUCCAGGCGCACGAGAAGCUGUCGGAGGACGUGGAGGACAGGAUCAACGUGGCGGAGAAGCACGUCGCCAAUCACGAGGCGUACCUGCAGACGUACGAGAAGACGCAGGACUGGAUCAACACGGUGGUGAACGAGACGGUGUCGAUCAGCGAGGACAUCUCGAUCGACCGGGACACGGCCAAGUCCAAGAUCGCGCUGAUCGAGAACGUGCUUCAACAGAAGCCGGAGGGCGACCGGAUCCUGGACGACUGCAAUCAGCAGUUGAACAUCAUCCUGGAGCAAACGUCCAUAGCGGGCCACCCGGCAUUGCUGAGGGGCUUCGAGCAGCAGAGGAAGGUCUGGGAGGACUUCUUGCAGCGAUGCGUCGCCAGCAGGGACCGGCUGAACCGCUUGUUCGACCAAUGGUCCGAGUUCGAGAAGCUGGUCGAGCGUCUGGAGUCUUGGAUCAAGCAGAUCGAGACGCAGGUGAAGGACCAGAGCCUGAAGAGCACCGAGGAGGCGAAGCGGGCGUACCUGCAGAAGCUGAGGUCGCUCGAGGAGAGCAUCGUGGCGAAGGGCGCGGAGUUCAACGCGGCGGUUGAGAAGAGCCAAGGCGUAGAGUCCGACCUGGCCAGCAGGGUGUCCCGUCAGGCCACCAGGUACCAAGCGAUCAGGAACCAGGCGAAGGAGGCGGUGGCGCGGUACGAGCAGUUCGUGAAGGAGCACAGCCUGUUCAACGAGAGGUACAAUCAGUUCCUGGACUGGACCACGGAGAUCCAGGGCGAGCUGAAGAAGCACAGCGAGAUCGUCGGCGACCUCGCCGUGCUGCAGAGCAGGCAGAAGCACAUCCGGGACCUCGGCGAUGUCCGAACGCGCGAGAACGCUCGCUUCGAGUCCGUCAUCGACCUCGGCGAGAAGCUCUACGUACACACCUCGCCGGAGGGCAGGGAGAUAGUCCGGCAGCAGCUGAGGAACCUGCGCAGCCUGUGGGACGGCUUCUCCGAGGAUCUGCAGAGUUCGACGCAGAAGCUGGACCAGUGCCUGAUGCAGUUCGCGGAGUUCUCGCUGUCCCAGGAGCAGCUGACCGCUUGGCUGCGGGACGUCGAGCGCGCGAUGCACCAGCACACCGAGCUGAAGUCCUCCCUGGAGGAGAAACGGGCGCAGCUGCAGAAUCACAAGAUCAUGCAUCAGGAGAUCAUGUCGCACCAGACGCUGGUCGAGUCGGUUUGCGACAAGGCGCAACAGCUGGUCGACCAGACCAAGGACACCUCCCUCAACGUCUACCUGCAGUCCAUCAAGCAGCUCUUCCAGAACAUCGUCGCUAAAUCGCGGGAUCUGCUGGAGAACCUGGAGGACUGCUGCGAAAAGCAUCACCGCUUCAACCUCCAGUGCAAGUGCUUCUCCGAUUGGCUGAACGGAGAACAUGGCAAGCUGGCGGAGUACAACGACGUGACGGGCGAGAGAUCCGAGAUCUCGCGGAGGUUGACCAGCUUGGCUGUGCUGAAGGACGGCCAGGUGCAAGGAGCGGAGCACCUCGCGCGACUGAAGGAGCUCAGCGGGGCGGUGGCUAACAGCACCGCGCCGAAAGGUCGAGAGGUCAUCAGCAAGGAUGUGACUACUCUGGAGAAUAAUUUGCGACAAUUCUUGAACGAGAUCGAAUCCGUAGAGGAGCGGCAGAAGACUGCGCUGGAGAGAUGGCAGAGCUUCGAGGAUCAGUUGGAGGCUCACACGAGGUGGUUCCGCUCCAUGGAAGCUGCGUUCCGGGACCAACAGCUGCAGCCCACGUUGAAGGACAAGGAGGAGCGACUGCGCGCGUUUAAGGAGAAACGCGAGACCAUCGUGCGACAGGAGCGGGAGAUAGACGAGUUCGUGGAUAAGUCGCACGGUUUGCUGCAUGCGAGUGGCAUCGAACGCAUCAAACCUCUAAUUUCCCAAGUUAGCAACAGGUACCAGUUGUUGCUCGUGCUCAGUAAGGAAGUGAUAAACCGCUGCCAGAGCGUCGUCGACGAUCACCGCGUUUACGAGGAGAAGCUUAAGGCCAUCGACGUUUGGCUCACUCCUCUCGAGCAGAACCUGGCGAUCUUGAAGAAGGAGGAGAUGGGCGGUGACCUCGAGGCGAGGAAUUCGCGGUUGCAGAUGUUACUGGCCGAGAAGGAGCUGGCCGAGCAUCGCUUAGGCAGUUUGACGUCUGUCGGAGAACGGAUUCUUCCGGACACCUCGGCUCAGGGUCGCGAAGUGAUCAGACACGAGUUGCGACACGCCCGCGAGAGAUGGGACCGCCUGGCCGAAGGCAUCACCGAGCAACAGAAGAAACAGGACGCCCAGUCCUUGCAAUGGACCAGCUAUCAAGAGACGCUGCAGCAGAUUCUGGCUUGGCUGGAUAUGAUGGAGCGCGCGGUUAAACAGGACUCGUCGACCGUGUGGUCCUCUUUGCAGGAGAUAAGAUCGAAACUGCUCAAACUGAAGACGUUGCACCAAGAGAUCCUGGCUCACAAACGCAUCGUCGAGGGCAUCGCCGAGAAAGCCAACACCCUGGUUCAAGUCACUCAAGUGCCGUCGGACGUUCACGAGAAGGUCGUUUCGGUAUCGAAGAGAUACGAGAGGCUGGUGGACAUGUCUCAGAAAGGAAUAUCCAGCUUGGAAGCGUUGCUUGACAUCUUCCAACAGUUCCACGACCUUCAGAAGGCCUAUCAGGAUUAUCAGAAACGCCAGUGGGAGCGUUUGGCGAAUUAUAGCGAUUACACUGGCAACAAGGCCACUCUUCAAGCUCGACUAGCCAAAAUUAUAGCGAUACAGGACAGCCAGAGCGAAGGCGAACUGAAACUCAACGUCCUCGGCGAACACGUGGCGCAGAGUUCGCGCACUUUACCACCUCGAUCACAGGAGUCAAUGGAACGGGAUUUAGCCAAUCUUCGAUUCGAGAACAAGAAGUUCGCCACAGCGGUGAGCGACGUGGUGCGUUGUAUCGAGGAGAGAAUACAGCAAUGGAGCGAGUACGAAAACUCGUUGGAACGUCUGCUCGCCUGGCUCACCGACGCCGAAACCUCUCUGAAGAACUACUCGCUGAAGAACACGCUCGAGGAGAAGCAGGAGCAGCUCGAGAAGUAUCAGGACCUGCAAAAGGUUGCGGAAUCGCGGAACACGGAUGUGACGGAACUGGUUGCGCUCGGUGACCAUCUCGAACAAUCACUGAUCGUGAAUCUGCGGCAAAACGAGGCGGAAUUCGAUAAAAUGAGCGACGACUCGUCGGAGCUCAUGCAGAUCAGCGGCGAGACCAGAUUCUCUGCCAGCGUUCAGCAAGUUACAUCGCGUUUCCAGUCGAUUCAGGCAACCGCCAAGGAACUCGUGAAGAAAUGCGAGCAAGCAGUCGUGGACCACGCGGGCUACCUGGAACGUUACAAACAGUGCUCGGAAUGGCUGGCGAACGCGAGAGCGCGUUAUCAUGCCACCAAGGAGAACGCGAGUGGCACUCGUCAAGAGCUGAUCGCGAACGUCGACACGUUGAAGGAGCUCUUAUCGCGUCAGUCUUCGUCCACGCUGCUGAUAAACAGCACCGUCGAAGCUGGAGAACGUCUGUACCCCACGACCGGCAUGGAGGGCCGCGAGAUCAUUCGUCAGCAACUGUUGGACCUGCAGCAAGCCUUCGAGGGUCUGUACGACGGCGUCGCGUCAACUGAGCGCGAGCUACAGGCGAAGAUCUCGCGGUGGUCCGGUUUCGACGAAUGCAGCGAGGCGUUCGAGACCUGGCUGAAGGCCGUGGAGGCUCAGUUGAAGCCCGAGAUCGAGCUGAAGACCACUCUGGACGAGAAACGCGCCCAGUUGCAAAUCUACCGUACGAUUUUGCACGACGCCCAAGCGCACCAGCAGGAUCUGCUGAAACUACGGGACAAAGCGGACAAUCUGCCCGACCGCACCGAGAAGAUCGAUCACACGCUGAAGAGUCUCACGGGCAGGUACAAUGUGCUGCUGAAGCGCGCGACUAAGUUCGUGGAGAAGUACGAGGGCAUCGUGAGCGAUCAUCAACAAUACAGCAAGGCGGUUCUGGACACGCACGAGUGGCUGGACGCCACGCACAACGCCGUCAGCCUCUGGGGCGAUGUGGAGCUGGAAAGAGUGUCUCUGCACACGAACCUCGAUCGGCUGAAGAACCUGUUGCACAGCCUGCCGGAGGACGAGCCGCGGGUGCAGCAGAUUAGGUCCCUCGGUGAGAAGGUGAUACCCGGCACCUUGGAGUCCGGACAGGUGAACAUACGCUCGCAGAUCGAUUCGUCGCAGCAAGAGUGGGAGGGCCUGAUCUCCGCGGUCAGGUCCACCAUCGAGGCGCUGGAGAACAAGCUUCAGCAGUGGAGCGAAUUCGAGACGUCGAAGGAGAGAUGCCUGGCAUGGAUGAGGGAGACCGACACGAAACUGCACGCCGUCGACCUCAAGGCCACCCUGGCGGAGAAGAAGAACCAGUUGGAGAAGCUGCGCGCUCUUCAAGGCGAGGUACGCGCCAAGGAGCUGGAGAUCGACGCUGUCGCCGAGCGCGCUCAGCAGCUCCACAAGAACGUCACGUCCCGCACUUCUUACAUGUCCGAGUUGAGCAUCAAGUACCAGCAAAUCUCCAGCAAGGUGAAGGACCUCAACAACCGUUGGCACCAAUACGUCGCCACGCACCAGGAAUUCGACAAUCAAUUGGCCGAGUGCACCACCUGGCUGGAGGAUGUCAGGAACAAGCUGGCGUACUGUUCCGACUUGAGCGCGUCCUCGCAGAAGGAUCUCGAGCAGAAGAUGGACAUCGUGCAGGACCUGUUGUUGUACAAAGAGGACGGUUUCGCGAAGGUUCAGAGCAUCAUCGAGCUGGCGCAGGCGGUGUUAGCGAAUACAGCCCCGGCCGGGCAUCGGACGAUCAACGACGCAUUGGCGAAGCUUCAGGAACAGUGGAGCGCGUUGGCUUCCAAGAUGCUGGAGACCAAGACGAACUUGGACGACUCGAUAAACAAGUGGGCCGGUCUGCUGGAGCAGAUACAGUCUAUCAACAAGAUGGUAGAAUACAUGCAGACGUCCAUCGACGAGAUCUCGCAGUUCCAGACGACCAUGUCGGAGAAGAGGAGCCAAUUGGAGCGGAUCAAGGCGUUGGAGGAGAAGGUUCGCUGCGAGAACAUCGAGGUGGACAGUCUCAAGUGCAAAGUCGCCGAGAUGAUCGCAAGCGGUCAGCAAGGUUUAGCUGCCUCGCAGGCGCAGGACAUACUCAACAGGUUCGACGAGCUCUUCGAGAAGAUCAAGUCCUUGUUGGCCGAGCGAGAAGAGCAGUACAAAGAUCACCGGUUUUACAAGGAGGCUCACGACGAUCUCAUCGGCUGGCUCAGUCGCGCCCGUGAGAAGAUACCGUCUAUGAAGCAGAGGUCGCUCAGCGACAAGCUGGCCAUCGAGAACGCGGUGGUGCCGCUCGAGAGUCUGCUGAAUAAAAAGGCCCAGGGUGAAUUGCUGGUGGAGCAAUUACAGCACACCGGGAAGGUUGUCUGCGCCAGCACCAGCCCCGCCGGGCAAGAGGUUAUCAGGAACGAGAUACGGGCGCUCUCGGAGAGUUUCGAGGGAUUGUUCAAAGAGAUCCAACAGCAGAAGAACCAGCUGGAAGCGACCGUGAGCCAAUGGCGCGAUUACAAGGACGAGUACGAGCGACUCAGCGACUGGUUGCAACAAUUCGACAUUCUCAUCAAGGCCCAGAAGAACGCUUUGCUACCGAACUUGAAGGAGAAGGAGAAGCAAGUGCAGGAGGUGAAGGAAUUGCUGGAGAAUCUCACGAAAGGCCAGGAGCAGAUCGACAAGUUCAACAAGACCGCCGCCAGCCUGCUGUCGUCUCACUUGGACACUUACGUCAGCAAUCAACUGCGACACUUGAACUCACGCUAUCAAGUGCAGGUGAACCUGGCAAAGGACGUGCUGAACAAGGUCGAGACCAACUUGGCCCAGCACCGGGAAUACGAGGACAAUCUCGAGAGAGCCCGUGACUGGAUCAAGAACGCCAAGCAGAUCAUACGUCAGGGCACGGAGGCGGCCUCGAGCAGCAGCCGCGAGGAAUUGCAGAGCAGGCUCGACAAGAUUCAAGAACUGCUGAGGAAACGCGAGGAGGGACAGAAUCUGGUGCACCUGACCGUGAACUGCGGCGAGAAGGUGAUGAGAAACACGCGGUCGGACGGUCGCGAGGAGAUCAAUGCGCAGCUGAAGGAGAUCCAGAACGACUGGGAGCGCCUGGUGAAGAAGAUCUCGACUACGAAGGUGCAUCUCGAGACGAGCCUGCUGCAAUGGGCGGAUUACAGUUCGUCGUAUUCGCAGCUGCAACAGUGGAUCAACGAUCGCGAGGCCAAGCUGCAGCAGGUGUGCGAGCAGAAGGUCUCCAAGGCUCGCAAGGGCCUGGUCGGAUUGAGCUCCCUGGCGAUCGGUGAGAGAAAAGCGAACCUGCGACAGACCAACAGCAUCGUCCAGGACAUCGUGGCUUUCGAGCCGAUGAUCCAGUCGGUCACCACCAAGGCCGAGGACCUGCAGCAAGCGACGCCGGCCACGGAAAUCUCGAUUAAGUAUGAGACCCUGAGCAAGCAGGCGCAGGAAUUGUACGCGAAGCAGAAGGAGACCGUCGAGCAGCACCAAGCCUUCAUCGACAGUGGCAACGAGUUCGUUCAGUGGAUACGAGCAGCUAAAGAGAGACUCGGCAAGUGCUCGGAGCCUACGGGAGACAAGGAAUCCCUCUCCAGUAAAAUCACGCAGCUGAAAGUCCUACAGAGCGAACUGCCGGAAGGCCAGAAGAAGCUGGAGAGAGCUCUGGAGCAAGGUAACGCCGCUUGCCAGAUCGCCGAUGCCGAGGACAAGGAGAUCAUCGAGGAAGAAGUAGCGUUAUUACAAGAGGAGUACGACAAUUAUGUGGACUCAUUGAACAAUACGAAGAGCUUGCUCGAAGUCGGUAUAGUGAAGUGGACCGAAUACGAGGACCAGUUCUCCGAUGCUACGGAAUGGCUCACGCAGACCGAACAAUUGGUUAAGACGUUCAACAAAUUGCAAGACAGCCUGGAAGAAAAGAAGAACGUUCUCGAACAGUUCCAGGUUCACUUGCAGACGUUGUUUGACUGGCAGAAAGAACUGGACCGCUUGAACAUGAAAGCUCAGAUGCUGCUGGAAACGUGCGCCGACACGAGGAUUUCCAACGCUAUUACACAGCUCACCACCAAAUACAACGCACUCUUAUCCCUCGCUAAGGAGAUAAUGCGGCGAUUGGAGUUACAUUACCAGGAACACCAACAACACAACACCUUGUAUCAAGAGUGCCAGGACUGGAUCGAGCGGACGCGAGACAAGCUAGGCGAAUGCAAGGACAUUCCUAGCACUUUGACUGAGGUUAACAAUAAAUUGCACACGUGCAAAGCCAUUCGACAGACGUUGGAACAAGGUCAGAACAAAUUACGGUACGCUCUCGAGUUGAAAGAGAAAGUCAUCAUGAACACGGAACAGAACGGCGCGGCAAAGAUUCAAGAAGACACCGAGAACUUAAAGAGCGAGUUCGAUAAGUUACUGGCCGACGUCGAAGAUGUCAGGCAGAAACUGUCGGCAAGAGCGGGCACGUUGGAAGAGCUCAAUAAGAUUCACCGACUUAUCUCGGACUGGUUGGAGGAAGUCGAAGGCAAGGUCCAGCCGGCAGACAUUUGCCGAAACGAUCUCAGCGAAAAACGUGCCUUCUUGGAGAAGUAUAAGAUUCUGCAAAGGGACAUUCACGGUCACGGUGAGACAGUAGACCGCUUGAAGACUCGUCUCAACGAGAACCCCAACAUAUCGAAGAGCCCUUACGAAUCGACUAUUAAUAAGUACGACACCUCGAAGAAACUGAUUUCCGAGAAAAUUCGUAACCUGGAGGAUCAAGUGAAGGAUCACGAGAGAUUCCAGCAAGCUUUGAACGAGGCGGCCGACUGGGUGCGUCGUACGAAGGUCGAGCUUCAGCAAUACAGCGACACUCACGGCGAAAAGGAACGCAUUAUUGAGCGCGAGAACAAAGUCAACCAGAUUAUUUCGUCCUUGCCGAAAGGCGACACGUUGAUUUCGAAAGUGAUCGAGUUGAGCGACGUCGUGAUCGCCAAAACGGGCCCGGAGGGUCAAGACUCCAUCAAGCAGGACAUGAAACAGAUACAGGUCGACUGGAAGUCCUUGCAGGCUCAAUGCCAGAACUCGCAACGUGUCCUCGGCAACUGCAUCUCGAGCUGGUCGCAGUUCACGAACGCUUUGGACGGCAUGAAGCAAUGGAUAGACCACUUCCAGAAGAAGAUCGCUGACGAGCAGGCCAAGGAGAACAAGAUGCCGGAGGAUUUGGAACGUUGCAAGCGCUUAGUGGAGGAAGCUAUCAAGCAGAAACCAGUGCUGGAAGACUUGAACGACAAGUGCGAAGCUUUGCUGGAGAUCAGCGCUUGCAGCUGGGCGCGAGAUAAAACGGUGCAAUUGCAGUCGGCAUACACGUCGCUUCUGACCGAUGCGCAGGGGCUCGUCUCGAAGGUCGAGAAGAAUCUGUUGGACCAUACCGAGUUCCUCAAGGCCAAGAAGGAGAUGGAGGAUUGGCUACGCACCGCUCACGGUUCGGUGGAGGACUGCAUCGGCGUCGGAGACGCCGUCUGGGCGAGGGAUAAGUUAGAAACCUUGAGGCUUGUCGCGACGCGCGUGACCGAGGGUCAACAUUUGCUGUCGACGCUGCAGAACGCCUUCGCGAAGGCGAUCAACAUGGCUCUGCCGGAGCAACAGGAUCAGUUGCGAUCGGACAUGUCUAACCUGCGCUGCAGCUGGGAACAGCUGAGCAUGGACCUGAAUACGGUUCAAGCCAAAGUAAAAUCCGUCCUGAGCCUCUGGGAGGAUCACGCGGAGGCUCACGGUAAAUUCGCCAAUUGGCUGGAGGAGAACGAGAGCGUCAUGAGGAGCUCCCCGGACACGAAAGGCGAGUUCGGUGAGAUGAAGACGAUGCUCGAGCGAUACAAGCACAUCCAGGAGGAGAUGCGAGACAAGAAUUCCGAUCUGGACCAUCUGAUCGCCGAGGCGACGGAACUGUCGGCGUGGGCGAAGAACAACGCGACGUUGAACGAUACGAAGCAGCUGCUGGUGCGAUGGCAGGCGCUGGCCGAUCUCGUCGGCGAGAGGAGGAGGCUCGUCGAGAACGAGAUACAGGAGUACAACGCGUAUCACGCAGCGCUGCAAGAAACGGAGAAGUGGCUGUUGCAGAUCUCCUUCCAACUGAUGGCCCACAACUCCCUUUACAUAACUAACAAGGAGCAAACGCUCGAGCAGAUCAAGCAGCACGAGACGCUGCUGACCGAAAUCCAGAAGUACCAGGAGGUGUUGGACGAACUAAAGGCGAAAGGCCAUGGUCAGGUGGAUCGAUACGUCAACGUGAAUCCCGUCAUUAGGUCGACCAUAGAAACGCAGCUGCAGAACGUACAGGACAGUUACAAUUCGCUGUUGAACACCGCUCUGCAGAUCAAGAACCGAUUGGCCGAGUCCUUGGCUAAGUUUCAGGAAUACGAGAACACUCUGGAAAGCAUCAUGAAGAAUCUGGACACGUACGAGGCGGAGAUGACUCAGAGCUUGGACGCGCCUCUGGAUCACUUGACUUCGGCCGAGCAGAGCCUCGAGAACGCCCGCAUUCUGCACAACAAGCUGCAAGGUGAAAAAGCUCGACUGGCCCUGGCGGUGGAAGCUUGCGAAGCCGCGGCGGCCUGCGUCUCCAGGCCUGGAAGUCCCCUCGACGCACCGCCCAUUCAAGUUCCCGCGAGAGAGGUCGAAGUUAGAACGAGACUCGACGAUCUCAUCGAUCAGAUGCAAAUGCACUUGGCGAGCGUGAUGAAGACGGUGGGCGAGCUCGAGGAGCAAUUACGACAGAAGAACGCGCUUCGCGCUUGGAUUAAUCAGCAACGAGCGCUCUGCGCCGAAUGGAAGUCGCGACCGGCGAAGUUGCGAUCGGAGGCUGCCCAGUCCGAAUUGCAAGCGAUGAACGAGCUGCUCGCCAAUGUGGGCGAACGUCGCACUCGCGCACUCACGGAGCUGUCGAUACAGGAAGAAGACCACGAUAUCGAGGAGGGCUUGAACAAGCUGGAAGCCGAGCUCACCGAUGCAAUCUCCGGCAAACAAGCGGCCCAGGAUCUCAUCCAGAAGUACAGGUCGCAGGUGCAGGAUAUGCAGAAUUGGUUCGACAGCUUGUCGAAGAAGGUCGACGUGAUCGAGAAGGGUAGCGGACUGACCAUCGGCCAGAAGAUCUCGAACCUCAAGGACAUCACAGCCGAGUACGAGUCGCAGGGCCCGGAGAAGCUCGCCGAGAUCAAGAAACUGGGUGACCAAGUGAUGGACUCGGUCAGCAACUUGGACUCCCAGCAGAUCGAGGAGCAGAUCAAGUCGGUGGAGCGACGGUACGCGGACAUCGGCAAGAAGUUGCAGAGGAAGGCGCAGGUUCUGGACAUGACAGCGCAGGGCAUCGAAGCGACCAGGCGCGAGAUCGAGGAGAAUCGCGAAUGGAUCGAGCGGAAGAAGCAACAGGUGAAAAUGCCGGAGCUGCUCGGCUAUGAGAGCAAACAGGCGGACGAGAGGCUCCUCGCUCUCAAGGCUAUGCUGAAGGAAGCUGACGGUAAGCAACUGAUCAUAGACACUCUGGAGAAGAGAGUCGGCAACAUGCAGAAUGAGCUGGAAACCAGUGAGCAGCAACAAUUGGAAGCCGAUACGAAGGCUCUGCGCAGCGAACAGGUCGAGUUGUGCGGCCUCCUGAGAGAAGAGAUCUCCAUCACGAGCGCGGCGGCUGAGGCGCGUCGCAAGCUGGAGGCUGACAUCGAGCGAGCUCGAAACUGGAUCAAGGCUAAGGGUAACGACCUGAAGAAGCUCAGCGGAUACUUGCCGCUGAGAGCCUCGAAGGUCGAGCAAGACAUUGCGCAACACAGCGGACUGGAGGCGGACAUUGAUUCCUUCAACGAGAGCAAUCUCAAGGACAUCCUCAAGCAGGGUAACAACUUGCUGAAAGAAUGCAACGCGGAAGGUCGCGCCAAACUACAGGCUCUCCUGGACGACUUGAGUAAAGAUUACGAGGAGCUGAAGAAAGAGGCGAAGGAAAAGAAGGCCUCGUUGGCGGACCUUCUUCAGGGACGCAAGGCCUUCGAGAGCGAGUUAGACAAGUGCCAACGAUGGAUCAAAGAGGCUGAGGUGGCCACCUCUUCCGAACUGCGGCCUUCCAGUCUUGACAUUCUUCGCGAACAGCUGGCAAAGUACGAUCGGCUGAAGAAGGAAGCGCAGGAGUACGGCGAUGAUAUAGAAAAGAUAAACCAACAAGGUAAAUCGAUCUUGCCGACCGUGAGCGACGCGGACAAGCAAGAGCUGAGCGAGCAAUUGAGAAACAUGAAGGAAGCUCACGGACGCGUGGCCGGCGUGAUAAAUGAGAGAGCAAUCGCUCUACAGAAGAGCAUAGACGAAGCUGAAGAAGCCGCCGCCCGAGUGGCGGAGGCGAUUCAGUUCAUGUCGGACAUUCAAAAGGAGCUUCAGGAUCUGAACAAACCAAUCGGUGCUCGCGUGGAGGAUGUGGAAGGAAUGCUGGCAGCUUAUGAAAGGAUCCUCGGCGAUCUCAAAGCCAACAAGGCGAAACUGUCCGAUCUUCAGUCCGCCAACGUGGGCGAUCUUCACGGCGUGUUGGCCCAACAGGACGAUCUGAUAAGAGCACUCGAAGCGCAGAUAGCGAAGCUUCGUCAAUUGUUGUUACUGCGACAGCAAUUUAUCGCGUUGAUCGCGGAAAUUACCACUUUCAUCGCUAAAUAUACCGAAAUUAUCAGGGAUAUCGAGAAGUCCGGACAAACGACCGAGGACAAAAUCAAGAGGUACGAAGACGCUAUACUGAAGAUCCAGGAGUGCGAAGCCACUCUCGCCAGCGCGACCGACAAGGGCCAGCAGAUAGCGGCGGAAGGCUCGGUCGUGGACAGGAACAACGUGACGGAGCAGCUGCAGUCGUUGAAGCAGCAACUGCAAGCCCUCCGAAGAGCGGUGGAGACUCAAAAGGAGCAACACGAGCUGGCGGCGGCCGAGCACAGGAAACUCGCUAAUGAACUGGCUGAUAUCCUCGACUGGCUCGACAGCAAGGAGAAGGAAGUGAAGUCCAGACCGCUCCUGGAGAGAGAUCCGAUCAGCGUCGAGGAGGAACUGAAGAAGCACCACACCCUUUGCGCCGACGUGAACAAACACCUCGACCGGAUCAGGAAACUGAAAGAAUCCGUGAGGCAUGAGGAGGGUAUGCCUGGAUCCUUGAAGGAGAUGCUGAGCGAGGCGGUGUCCCUGCUGACGUCCUUGCCGCGGGAGAUGGAAGAGCGUGGGAAUUACCUUGAGAGUAACAUGCAGAUGAGACUGGAUUACGCCGCCCUGACGGAUAAGCUUCACAGCUGGGCUCGCGAGGCUGAGAUUCGACUCGAGAGUAACAAGGAGGGCCUUGACUUCGAGAACAUCCUCAGCGAUCUGGAGGAGCACAAGAUCUACUUCAGCACCGAAUCGUCGAUUCGGGAGCUCGUAUCGCAGCAGAUCCAGCAAGCGGCUGACAAAAUCUGGCCGUCUCUGGAUAGUUACGAGCAGGAGGAGCUGAGCGCCCAGCAACAACAGCACACCCAACUGUUGAAGAACACUCUCAACACGGCCAAAUCGCAACGCUCACGUUUGGAGCAGGGCGCGGAGAUGUGGAGGGACUACACGCAAAGCCUGGAGCGCGUUCGCGCUGUCAUCAGCAGGACCAGAUUCACGGAUGAGCCGGUCACCACGUUGGCCGGGUUACAAUUCAACAUUCAGAAGAUCACACACGCUCUCAACGACAUCCAGAACCAACAGUUCGAGUUGGAUCUCCUCAACGACCGUGGACGAGAGGUUCUGCAGCUCGCGGACGGCAGCAACAGGAAAGCGAUCGAGUCGCAGCUCUCCGAGAUCAGCUCGGAAUGGCGGGAGUUGGUCUCCGGUCUGGAAGGACGCAGGGAUGCCUUGGAGGCGCUCUCGCGACACUGGGAAGACUUGGAGGCGCAGUGGGCUCUCAUCGAGACGCGGCUGAAUGCGAUCGAGGAGAAGAACAAACUCAUCGACACGGUAGUGCGCUCGAAGCAGCACUUGCACGACACCGUUAAAGCAUUGGAGGAACUCGUGGCGGACGCCGAGAAACUCAAGCCCGCAACGGAGGAAGUGAAGAGCUUGGCAGGACCUGUGCUCGCGUAUCUCGCCGCGUUCACGGAGGCGCCAGCGCGGAGUCUCGAGGAACGUCUCGAGAAGCUGCAGAAAUCCGCCGAAUCACUCGUCGACUCGCUUCGGGGCAAGUCCGAGAAGACGAGCGAGGACUUGGAGGCUCUCGAGAACAUCGAGCGUGAGAUCGAGCGGCUGCGGAAGCGGCUGAACGAGGCGCGCGAGCGCGCCUCCGGCCUUUACGUUUUCGGAGUCGAUCAGGACGCGACCGAGGCGGAGCUGGGCGAGCUGCACUCCCAGGUCGAGGACCUCGUCGACACCGCGAAGAAGUUCUCAGGAGACACUAAGGCGCGGUACCAAGCUAGCCAGCAGCUGGUGCCGAGUGACGUGGCCCAGCAUCUGACCGCGCUCGAGCUCUGUGCCGAGGCGACGGCGCAGGCGAUGGAGGAGAAGCAGCGGGAGCAGAAGCGCGCCAGAACCACCAGGUCGGAUUACUUGACCGACGUGGACGAGGUGCAGGCAUGGAUUCGCCAGGCGGAGCUCAAGGUGCAGGACAGGUCGGUCGAGCCGGCCGUCCUACGCGAGCACCUCAGGCAGAUACAAAACGAACUGGGCGCGAUUAGCGACAAGCUCGAACGACUUACGAGAAACGGACGAAUCAUCGUCGAGAACACGAGGGACGACGCGGAGAAGGAGCUGAUCAACAACACGAUCAGCAGUAUCAGCGAACAGCUGGCGCAGGUCAAGAGCUGGCUCGAGGAGAGGAAACAGAUCGUCGGCGACACAAUGGACGCCUGGCAGAGGUUCCUCACGCUCUACGAGGCGGUCAAGGCGUGGACCGAGGAGAAGAGACAGUUCCUGGUCGAGCCGCUGAAGCUCAGCACCCUCGUGCAAGCCAGGCAGAGACUGCACGAAUAUUCGACGGCGGUCAAGAGCUGCAAGCAGGUGAACAAGAACCUCAGCGACAUGGGCAGAGAAUUGGAGAAUAUCGGUCAGGUGACCAGCGUGGGAGACUUGCCGGAGAAACUGGCGGAAGCGGAAGAGGGCAAGGUUCAGGUGGAGGGUCAGCUGUUGGAAAGGAACGCACUGCUGCAAGAGGCCAGCGAGGAGUGGGAGCAGUGCGAGAGGAAGAUGAAGGACGUGCGCGGCUGGAUGGAGAAGGCCAGGCAGACACUGGAGUCGCCGCAGAACAAGAAGAAGCCGCUGCGCGAUCAGCACGCGAUCCGCGAGAAAAUGCUGAGCGACAUCGCGAUCCAGAAGACGAAGAUCACGAUCUCGGUGGAGAAGCUCGAGGUGCACUUCAGGUCCGGCAUCGGUGGCGACAACCGGGUGAAAGAGGCCGCCGACGAUCUGAUCGCCGAGCUCAACGCCCUCCACGGCACCGUCAAAGAACAGACAGCUUCCUUGGAAGUCUGUCUGGCGCAGAUAGAUCAGUAUCAGCAGGAGAUUCAGCAGUUGCGCCAACACAUCGUGCAGGUGGAGCAGCAGCUGAGGACGGUGCUCAGCCCGACGUACCUGCCCAAUGACCGGGAGAAAGCUCUGCAGGAGCAACAGAGCCUGCAGGAACGGAUGGAGGGUUGGAAGCAACGCGGCAAGCUCCUGAUGAAUCAGAUACUCGCCGUAGACCCGUACUACGUGCCCAGCAACGAGUACCGGUUCACCGGCCAGGCCUCGUACGCCGAUAUCGCAGCGGGCCGCACCAGCCCGAACUCGAGAAACUGUAGCCCGUACAGGCAGCAACGGGACGCCACUCCUCCCGCCGCGACGCAGGUGUUGCGGCCUGCGGUCACACGGAUGCAGAAGCUGACCACGGAAUGUCCGCCGGGCGAGACGCAGCGGCGCGAGGCCGCGAAGACGCGAGCUCAGAGGGGCUCGGACGCGGAGAAGCCGAAGCCGCGCACGGAGAUGCACGUGCAGGAUCCGAGUGCGCAGAUCGAUGCGGAGGACGAUCACCAAGACGUCAUUCCCGAGGUCAUCGUCGUCGAGGCUCGUCGAGGGCGUUCGCCCACGCGCAAGACCACCGUCUCGCCUAGGACGAAAGAGGUGGUGCGGGAGGAAGAGGCUGUUGACAAGAAGUACGACAAUCCUCGGGCGAACCCGAGGCAAGAGGCACGGGCGGAGGUCCCGGCGAAGAACACUCUGGCGCCGCAGGACGAACGAAGGGGCCGUUCCCCGAGCCCCAUGUGGGUGCCCGGCUCCACGUCUUACGCCGACAUCCUUCGUGGAUGCUUGCAGACCGCGCAGGUGAACGUCGCAACCGCGGAUCCUCCCAGGCAGGAGAUGGUUCCCCUUUCCGCGGAGUCGCGACGUGGCCACGUUGAAGCGGCUCCUCGCGCGGAGCAGGUGCCCGUCAAAGCGGACAAAGUUCCCGCCGGGGACGUGACGGAGCCCCAACGAGUCGCCUCCGAGUCUCCUCAGCCUCAGGUCGCGUCGCAGAAGAUGGAAAGCGUGCAGAUCGCGGAAGCCUACUGCCAGCCGGCGGAGAUGCCCGCGGAGAAAAUCGACGAGCAGAGCUACGGCAAGCCCGGCUCGGCCGAUUGGACUGACAAGGCGCUGGAGGAUUACAACGUGCUGCAACACCACGUGGAACCGGCUUACGUGGAAGAGGUGCAAGCCCAGCCCGCCGAGAUCUACGAUUAUAUAAUUCCGGAGCCGGAACUGGUCGGCUUCAUCGGCUCUCAGCUCGGAACGUAUCCGGUGAGUUCGUACGUUUACGCGCCAUCCGCCGGCCAUCAUCAUCACCAUCAUCAUCAGCAGGUGCAGCAGCAGCUCGACUCAAUCAACUUGAACCCUUACAACAACGGCUCCCUGGCUUACACGCCCGAGCACUACGUCGCGCAGACCGCGUAUCUCUCAGCGACGGAGAUUUACCAGCAAACUCAGAUACAGCAGCAGCAACAGCAGCAGCAACAACAAUCUCCCGGUAGCGACGCGAGGUGCGCGACUUCGAUGCUGAUCCAAAACGCAGACAAGCCCGUUCAGAUGCAGGCGUCCAGGCAACCGGAGGUCGCGACUGAGCCCAUCGACAAGCCCGAGCAGGAAGAGCCAAUGAGCGUUGCAAACGCAGCGGAAGCUGCGACGACGAAUCAAUCCGAGGGGAAGGAUGCGGCAUCGUUGGUUAAUAACGAGAUCAAAAACCAAACUUUCUCGUACGCGCAAAUCCUGUCGCAGGGACUGAGCCCGCGCGUCACUCCGACCCGAGUCAUCGGCAAAAUAUCGGCCGUGGAACACCGGAGCAAGGAACGAUCCUAUUCGCCUAAGGAGUCCCAAUCGUCUCGCGAAUUAUCGCCGUCGCAGGAAUUCAAAGUCUUCGGCAGAGACUCGCAACAGCCGCUCGCGAAAUCCGAGCAGCCUAAGCAACCCCGCGAGAGCGACUGGGGCACGAUGAAGAAACGGGAGAUGAGGAAGAAGCAACAGAACGACAAACCCAAACCGGACGAAAAGAAAGCGCAGAAGUCCGAUAAAUCGAAGGAGAGACAGAAGAAGGACAAAUCGAGUCCCCCGAAGCAAAGCGUAGAAGUGCAUGAUGAGCCUGUGAUCGACCAGAUAGUCGAUAACUCAGGCAAAAAGGAGGAGAAAGCGGAGAAGCUCGAGGAAAAGCGAAUGAUCGAUUCGGUGGAGGCGAGUCCACCGCAAGAGAAGAAACGCAAGCAGAAGAAAAAGAGGACGAACAAAUCGGGCGGGGACGAAAUUGACAAGGCGCUGAAAGAAAUCGAGGACAUGGACAAGCAGAAAGCGAAGUCUCAGAAAGAUAAACCGAAAGAGCAGAGCAAAGAUCAGAGCAAAGAGCAUAUCAAGCCUCGAGAAUCCAAUGCCAACGAGACGCUGGACAAAUCUAAAGACGAGGCCGACAAGAAACAGAGCAAAUCCGCCGAGAAGCCUAAAAAAUCUAAAUCUAAAGAAGCUGCAAGAGUGAAAGAAAAUAUUCCAGUCAGACAAGACGCAUUGCCGAGUCAGAUGAAAAUGGCAGAUCAAAGUAUUCCUAAAGAUGGCAUGAAAAUUGAAGAAGAUACGAAAGGUACGAAAGAUUUUAUGAAGGACAGCGAUAUGAAAGAUUUGGGCUCCAAAGGCGAGGAGGAAAUCCGGAAGGGUAGUUCUAAAGAGGAGCUGAAAGAUCAAACUCAUAUUACCGAUGAUACCCACGUUCAUUCUAACAAACCUGACACUAAAACUAAGCACAAAAGCAAAACAAGUAAGAAUACGAAAGAACGUACUGGGGAAAGCGCGGAAAGUACGGUUAAGCAGCAAUCGAGUGUUCCAAGCGAUACCACAAAAGAGAAAGCAAAUAUUGUCGCCGACGAAAGUUGUUUAACGGAGAUUGUAAAAGUACCGGACAUUCAACCAGUCGAGUUGAAAGAUACAGUUGAGAAGCCGGGUACGGCCACGACGAAACAGAAAGACACGUCGAAGAAGGAGCAAUCGUCGAAGAAUAAAACAAAGUCGAAGGAACUAAAGCUUGAAGCCGAAUACAAUAAUAAAAAUCAGGAGAAACUUGAAAACGGUCUUAAAGAAACGUCCACAAGUAAUUCUCCCGAAUCAAAUAAACCACUGUCUGACACGGAAGUUAAAGAUACUAAAUCAAGAGUGCUCGAUACCGCGAAAGUCGUUGAGGUGAACGGCACUGUGAAAGGUAAAGCCAAUUCGCGUAAGAAAGAUAAGGCCUCUAAAGGUAAAGCAAAAUCUGAGGCUACAGCCGAUCUUACGUCAUCGUUAAUCCCGACAAGCGAAGUUUUAAGUGAAACUAAAAUUUUAACGAGCUUUGAUAGCGCGGACAAACUGAUCGUUCUGAAAUCGGAACAAAUAACCGAGGAAACUAAACUUGUAGAAACGCCGGCAACAGAUGCCAAGGAGCCCGAUUUGAAAGAAGUGCCGAAGGAAAUCAUUUUGCCGUCUGAAUUAAUUCAGCAAACGGAAGAAGUAACACAAACUGAUAUUACACGCAAAAAUGAUGAAAUAGUUCGCGAUCAGACUGAAGUUAAAGAAUCGACCGAGAGCAAAGUAUCGGAGCAUUAUCAAACGGAUGCUAAAUUGGAAGUAGAAAGCAUAACGGCUUCAGAGACGGCUUCAGAGACGGCAAAUACAAUAAGUGAGAAAAGAGUUGUUAUUAGUGAUACAGACGUUGAAAAAAUCGAGAAGCGAGAAAAGGAGAAGCGCCAAAUGAGAACAGGUAAGCAGAAAAAAUCUGAUAAAACGAAGAUGCCUGGCACGCAAGAUCGAGAUAAGCCAAGGAAAGGUGACGUUGAAGUAUCGCUCCCAGCCGAGAGCGAAAAUAAAUCUCUCGGGGAAGAGGAUAAGCUCAAGAUAGAAUCUUCAUCCAAAUCUGUAAUCGAGCCUGUAGUGGAGACCUUCGUCCAAACCGCGGAGAAAACAAAUUUGGCCGAAGUAGAAGUGUCGGUAUCUGGUGACGGCUGCCUUAUACAAUCUAAAACGGAUGCCAAAGACACCGGCGAUGUUAAAACAGACGGGAAAGAUGUUACGACGAAUGCUCCGGUUAAUAAACGCGCGCCAGAGACUCCGUCGAAGAGUAAGAAGAAAGGUAAGUCGAAGGAUAAAUCAAAGGACGCUCAACAGGCGCGCAAUAUAAAAUCCGAAGAAUCUAUGUCGAAGGCUGAAGUCGCCACGACAGAAUUGGAAACUGCACAGCCGGUUACAUCGAUGAAGGAAAAUGUAUCCCACAACGAAACUACAGAAUUUAUCGAAACUGUCGUUACAUCGAAUGUAAUCCCGACUUCGAUUGCGGAAAUCCCGACAACGAUAGCAGAAACAGGUUCGACCGUUCCCACGGAGCUUGAAAAUGUGGUUGAAAUCCCUGCCAUAGAAGUUUCGCUCCAAACAUCCGAGACUUCUCCACAGACGGAAAACACUGCUACGAAGGUGGGAGAAAAACAACCAAUUGUCGAGAAUGGAAAAGUUGAUCAUUCUCCGCAGGAAGCAAUUGUCAGAGAUGAGGACAUUAAGACCGAUACACUCGUUAAGGAUCCUUCAAUCAAAAAGCCGCAAAAUGCCGGAAAAUCGAGAGAUCUCGCGACUAAAGAGAAAACGUCGAAGCAUGCCAAAAAGAAGAAACUCGAAUUCACCGAACACCGUGCAGUUGAACAGACGAAACAUUCCUCUCGCGAUAAAUUCUGCGAGAAGACCGUUUCCAAAGACGAUUCGACGAAAGAGGAGGAAACCCCGAGACCCGCAACUUGCCCGACGGGCCAACGCGAGGUCGAGCGAGAGAAAUUGGACGAGAGGCAACCGUCACCUCCGCAAAUGAAAAAUAUUGAGAUCCAGCGGAGACGGGAACUGCCAGAGAAGACCGUGGCGGAAACCGAGGUCGAUUCCAAACUUCCGAGCGAUUCUGCCGAUGAGGUUGAAUCACGCGGGAAACACGACGAUGAAACGCGUAACGACAGUCCGCAACUUCCCUCGACCGGGAAGGCCUUGAUCAUCGAGAAAAUGGUUACUACGGUAACCACCACUACCAGCGUUCCGGGAUCCGUGAAAGUCAAGCCCCCGGACGUCAAGUCCGUGAAGUCGGUGGAGAUCCUAGAAAACAUACCCUUACCCAAAAUCGUAGGCUCGAAGGUUACCGAGUUGAUCACUUUGCGCCCUGAAACCGUAGAGGCUAGUCUUACCACCACUUACGCUAGGGUACCGAGCGACGUGGGUCCUGUUAGUAGUUGUCCGGUGCAAUCGGCGGAUCAAACGGCUAAUUCUCGUAAAGUAGAUUUAACUUCCCCCGCGAGCAUUUACGCCGAGAGUAUCGCAACGUCCGACGAGGUCUUGUUCGGUAGCGUGCGGGAUAGGAGGAAAGUUUGUCCGGAAAUUUCGCAAGGUCGGGACAUUUCGAAGAGAUCGCCGGUGAUCGCCGCGUUCGACGGGAUGAGAGAGGAACAGAUCGUUCGCGUAGAUGAUAAGACGAAGGGACAGGAAGAGCUAAUUUUAUCGAACGAAUUCGUACAAUUGGGAGAUCAAUCGAAGGUAGAAAUUCCUGAGGGAAAAUGCGAGAAGGACGACGCGAUAAGGGAGACGAUAUCCGAUGACACUAUUUUGCAGGACGACAAUAUCGCAGAAAAUCGGGAUAUCGAAAAUUCUAUCGAGGAAAAUAAUGUCGCGUUGAAUAACAAAGUUAACGAAGGCGCGUCAAAUAUUCCGAUCAUAAAGGAGGAAGAACGGACUGAUGAAGAGAAAAUCAAUGUCGAAGUGAUAGCUGAGAAUAUCCGAGAGGAAACGACGGGAGAAAAAGUACCGGUCGAGACGAAAUGUGAAGUAAAACGGGAGGACAUUCCCGAAAUCGCGAAGGCGAGGAAGCAAAUAGUAUCUGAUUAUUUAUUAGAUCUUGUUAAGCCUUACGCCUUGGAUCGUCACGCUUAUAAUCACGCGGAAAGUAACUUCUAUCGCUAUUUCAAAGUCGUUAAAACGAUAAAAGAGCCGCAAUCGCCUUCUCCUGUUGUCCAGGCAAGACCGGAGAGCAUGAUAAGAAUUGUGCAAGAAUCGGUGAUGAAAUCCGUCGAACAACCGAGUCGGAAGGAGUCCGAAGUUAGUUGCAGAAAGCAUGCUCUUAUCAUGGAGGCGCCGAAAUAUCCUCUCGCCAGUUUUUACGAGUUCGAGUCGCAUUGGGUGCGAGCUAAAUCCGUCGCUGAAAAAUCUCUAUCUGUCUCAUCCGAUGAUACCGAAAUAUCACAGGAAUCUGUGAUAGAAAAGGCGCCACAAGUCAUCGAGGAAAAAAUAACAAAGAAUAUAGCAUCUGAUCUUGAAGAAAGUACAACUCUAAUUGAUGAGGAGAAACUUAAAAUGACAGAAAUGAGUGAAAAUGUAGAGAUAUCCGCGCCUCAAGUUACCACAAUCGUAGAGGUGUCACUAUCGGAUAAGACAUUGGAUUCAUUAAUUAUUGAAGAUAAAGACAAGAAGCUGACGGACGUGAAACAAUCGAUACAUUUGGUUUCCGACGAUUUUUGGAUGAGUAUCUUAGACGAACCAAUGGUCAUCGAUGAUGAUUUCGAUGACACAUUUGAACCGGAAACAAUAACGAGGGAGGAAACAAUAAAUAAAAUAUUGACGGAUGUUUGUAUCGAUGAACAAGAUGAGAAAGGCGAAGGGAAGAUGACGGAAGAACAAUCGCCCAAAGAUGUUUCCCAUGUUAAGGAAGUUCUGCCAUGUGCUGAAUCAACUACAGAUACAGUAUCACUUAACACGGCUAUUGAUAACGUAUUAUUUAAAGAAGCAGAUUCAAUUAUUGAAACCGACGAUUCAAUACCAAUUAGCGAAACAUCAGAAGUGAAUGAAUUCGUUAAAUCAUCCAUAGAGAAAAUUAGCGACGUUCAAUUGACGAGUACUGAUAUGAUAACAGACACGAAUAUGCAUACAGACGAAGUUGUUGCGGAAGAUAAAGUUAAAAUCCUGGAGCAAAAGCCGGAAACUAAAGCAGCACCUGCAAUGACACCGUUCGUGCACUUGGAAUCCGAUGACGCUUGGAUGUCUCUUUUGGAGGAAGAAAUAACAUUGGAUGACGAUUUCGACAUGUCGGAAGCUCAAGUAAAGGAGGCAAGCGAAGUUGAAAAAGAAGAUAAAAAGCCUGAAAAGAUGGAAAAAAUCGAACAGCAAAAAGAAGAAAUAGAAAAGGAAGAAGCGAAGAUUAAAGUUUUGAGCAAAACGGCCCUACCAGAAGUUGAAAUAGAAGGUAAAGAGUCUGAAAAGAUGGAAAAGAUCGAACAGCAAAAGAAAGAGAUAGAAAAGGAAGAAAAUAAAGAAUUUGAAAAGACGGAAAAGAUCGAACAGCGGAAAGAAGAAAUAGAAAAAGAAGAGGCGAAAAUUGAAAUUUUUAGCAAAACAGUCCUACCAGAAGUUGAAAAAGAAGAUGAAGAGUCUGAAAAAGCGGAAAAGAUCGAACAGCAAAAAGGAGAAAUAGAGAAGAGAGAGGCGAAGAUUGAAGUUUUGAGCAAAACGGUCCUACCAGAAGUUGAAAUAGAAGGUAAAGAGUCGGAAAAGAUCGAACAGCAAAAGGAAGAAAUAGAAAAGGAAGAAGAUAAAGAAUUUGAGAAGACGGAAAAAAUCGAACAGCGGAAAGAAGAAAUAGAAAAAGAAGAGACGAAAAUUGAAAUUUUUAGCAAAACAGUCCUACCAGAAGUUGAAAAAGAAGAUGAAGAGUCUGAAAAGGCGGAAAAGAUCGAACAGCAAAAAGGAGAAAUAGAGAAGAGAGAGGCGAAGAUUGAAGUUUUGAGCAAAACGGUCCUACUAGAAGUUGAAAAGGAAGGUAAAGAGUCUGAAAAGAUGGGAAAAAUCGAACAACAAAAAGAAGAGAUAGAAAAGGAAGAAAAUAAAGAAUUUGAAAAGACAGAAAAGAUCGAACAGCAGAAAAAAGAAAUAGAAAGGAUAGAGACGAAGAUUAAAAUGUUUAGCAAAUCAGUCCCAGAAGUUGAAAAAGAAAUAGAAAGGAAAGAGGCGAAGAUUGAAAUGUUUAGCAAAUCAGUACCAGAAGUUGAAAAAGAAGAUGAAGAGUCUGAAAAGACGGAAAAGAUCGAACAACAAAAAGAAGAAAUACAAGAAAAAGAGGCGAAGAUUGAAGUUUUGAGCAAAACAGUCCUGCCAAAAGUUGAAAAAGAAAAUAAAGAGUCUGAAAAGAUGGAAAGGAUCGAACAGCAAAAAGAUAAGUUGGAGAAGGAAGAAGAUAAAGAAUCUGAAAAAACGGAAAAGGUCGAACAGCAAAAAGAAGAAAUAGAAAAGGAAGAGGCGAAAAUCGAAGUAUUGAGCAAAACGGUCCUACCAGAAGUAGAAAAGAAAGAAGAUAAAGUGUCUGAAAAGACGGAAAAGAUCGAACAGCAAAAAGAAGAGAUAGAAAAGGAAGAAGUCAAGAUUGAAGUUUUGAGCAAAACGGUUCUACCAGAAGUUGAGAAAGAAGAUAAAGAGUCUGAAAAAAUGGAAAAGAUCGAACAGCAAAAAGAACAAAUAGAAAAGGAAGAAGAUAAAAAGACGGAAAAGAUCGAACAGCAAAAAGAAAAAAUAGGAAAGGAAAAGGCGAAGAUUGAAGUUCUGAACGAAGCAGUCCUAUCAGAAGUUGAAAAAGAAGACAAAGAGUUUGAAAAGAUGGAAAAGAUCGAACAGCAAAAAGAAAGGGUAGAAAAGGAAGAGAUGAAGAUUGAAGUUUUGAGCAAAACGGUUCUACCGGAAAUUGCCGUGAAAGAUGAAUACCUUGCCGGUAUAAAAGAUAUACAAACUGCGACUUUGGUGGAUAACGAGAAACAUAUCGAAAAGACGAAAACUCAACCGAAGAAGAAGAAAGAAUCGAAGCAUACGAAAGACGCGAAAACUAAAGAUCAGACGAAGUCUAAAGCAGGACCCAAGAAACAGAAUGAGGUAGAUAUGAAACCGGCUGUCAUCGAAAGCGACUCAUUGCCGACAAAAUAUGCCUCGGAGGAAAUUAAUGUCAAAGCAGCAGAUGUCGAGAUAAAGGAAACGGAAAAACCAUUGAUAGCGGACAAACAACAGACCGAGGAAUCGAAACCUCUUUCAGAAGAACCUACGUUGAAACAAAAGGAGCUUAAUACGGUGGAAGAAGUACCCGAGAAACCGUCGGUGAAACAUGAGGAGGCUAAGUCGAAAUCUGGAAAGAAAGCUAAAAAGCAAAGUGAGAAAUCCGAGGCGGUCCAAGAAAAAUUAGCAAAAGGCGACGAUAAAUUAGACAAUGUUUCUUCCAAAGAUUGGGUUAAAGAGAUCGAGUCAGAUGUAGUUGAGGUAUCGCCGGUCGUACAGAAACAACAAGAACCGAAGGAAGAUAUACCUAAAUACGACAGUCGAUUAAACCCAAACGCCAAAUCGUGGGCGGCCAUCGUUGGCACGAAGGGUGCGACGGAAACGGCUACAGUUCCCGAAGACGAUUCUUUGAGUAUUCAAACACCCGCUGUUGUCAGUCAAGAUACAAUUGACAGUGCCCCAAGUGUCGUCGAGGAACGUCAAACUUCAGACGAGCGCGAUUCGCGCGAAAUUCCGUCGAAAUCAGAGACGCACGUGACUUCGAAAAAACACAUGAACCAAAGUGUCAUCGAAGAAUCGAAAGUGGCAGUGGCGGAAGAGGUUGCCAAGCCGGUCGCAGAGAAACCCGCCGAAUCGCCGGAGCAAUUCAAGGAAGGAAGCAAAUCUUACGCGCAAGUCGCAGCCUCUUCCCGACGAACCUCUCCUCAGGUAUUUCAGGAGGAAACGUAUCUGAUCAAACCCGUUCCGUUGAAGUCCGAUCAUAAAGUAAUCGAUGUGAGAAUACCCGCUCCCGACGAACCGUGUAGGGAUGCGGAGGAAUUGCCAGGUCCUGCGGAACAACAGGAGAUUUUGCCGAUCAAUGAGACGACGGUGCAGCAAACCGCUGAUCAUGAGACAAUUAUCGCGGAAUUCACUCCCCAAAACGAGUCGGUUCCUUGGGUAGAAGAGGUCGAGGAAGAAACAUCGAUCGUUUCUUCUGACUCUCACCGCGCUGCAGACUCGAGAGAUGCUAAUAUUUCGUGUGCGAAGCCGGAUACAAGUACAUGGGCCGCGAUAGUUGGUAAGAAAUCCGUGGAAUCGCCUGAAAUUAACAACGCCCCUAGUCUCGAACAAGUUUCCCGUAAACCGGAUCAAAGUGUCGAACUGAAGUCUCCGACGCAUGUUCAGAUUUACGUGGAAGAGGUUCCCGAGCAAGAAUCUGUAGAGAAGUUAGUUCAAGUAGACGAACAAGGUUUCGUGGAGUUCCUUAAUCGAAAGGAAUUGCGCUCCAGACGGUCCAGAUCGCGUUCCCGAGGAGAUAAGCGGGACGACGGACGUGUGACCGUGGAAGCUUCAGAUUUGGUCAAAGAUAAGGAGACGAAAACAGAUGCGGAAUCGCAAAGCGGUGAAAAUAUCGCAGCCAAGGGAGAGGUUGGGGAUGAGAAUAAGCAGCUAGUAUGGGAACAGGAGAACGAACAGAAACAAGUGGACGAACUGACGGAAGUCGUUAAAAAGGAAAAUGUUCCGAAAGAAAUCGUCAAACCGACCAAGAGCAAAGAUAAGACCAAGCAGAAGAAAGAUUUGAACGAACGUAAGAAAGACGAACGUAAAAAGGACAAGAAACAAAGUGAGGAGAUUAGCGAGAUGCAGAGUGACGAAGGUAAAAUUCUGCAAGAAAUCAGAUCAGAACAAGAUGAAACGCCUAAAGACAGGAAGGCUAAGUCCAAGAAGAAUAAGUCUAGCAAGGACUCGGUGAGACAACAACCCGAAAUGAAAGCACAGAAAGAAUUAAAGAACGUUAAGGAAACGAUAAAAGAGGAAUCGAAACCUGUAAACGAGAGCGAAACUCCUGAGGGGAUUCAAGCGGAAAAUAUCGUGAUUGAAAGUCAAGAGUCUAACACUAUUGAGGAUCAAAUAAUGAAAGAAACACAAUUAAUUACUGAUACAGACAAUAUUCAAGAGAUUAAGAUUAAGGAUGCAGAGACACUUCCGACUAUGGAGAAAAACAGUACUACGAAGUCUAAAAAAAAAUCGAAGAAUAAGAAGGGAAAAGUUGCGUCCGAACAACCGAUCGAAAAUGCACCUGACACAGGGAAGAAGGUGGUAGAUGAAAAUUUGGAGAAGAAAAUGGAAUCUCCAGUGGAGAUGAAACCAGACGACGAAGUAAAAGUAAAACCGGAAGAAGGAAUUACUACGGACGUAACUCACGACGUACCUGCGAGUUCAGAAAAAAAAGAAGCUUCAACAGAGAAGAUUAGCAAUCAGGAAAAUAUUGAACAGAUUGUAUUCGAUAAAAUUACAGAACAGGAAAGCGUCGAACAAAAGAAAACGGCGUUGGACGUGCCUGAAAAUACCGGCGAACUUAAAGAAUCACACGUGGAAAAUGUGGGGGAAAACGUGACGGAACAGAAAGAAAUUCCCAAACUGUCGAAAGCGGAGAAGCGGAAGCAGAAGAAGAAAGCGAAAGCUUCGUCGCGAAACGAGGUAACUGAAAAGAAAGAAAUCGAACCUGCUGAAGAGGACUUUGUUCAUAGAAAGUCUGCCGAUUCACUUAGCGAGACAAACAUUGCUGAAGUAAUUAAAGUCGAGGAAAUAGUUAAAUCAACAGAUGAAACCGUAGAUACUACGUCAUCGGAGGCUAAAAUAGGCGUUGCAUCGGAAUUAAAGAAAGACCAUGAGUCGACAACUGAAAUACAGGUCGUACAAAUGGAGGAACCUGAGAAAUCUACGGAGAAAUCAGAAGCAGAAACUGCAACUGUAACUGAAGAUGAAACGUCUCUUCCGCAAGUAACUUCGAUUGCGGAUAAGCAGAAACAAAAGAGCAAAUCGAAAUCGAAAAAGGGAAAACAGCAACAAGACGAUAAAGUCAAGUCAAGUCAGGAAGAUCUUGCGACGAGUAUACUUACGGCGGAUUCCAAAGAGAUUGAAUCUUCGCCAAUUAUAGAAAAUGCUGAAACCUUAAGCUCCUCCAAAGACGUAGUAACACCCGAUAGUCGGCAGGAUGAGGAAGCAAACGUUGGAGAUCGAAAAGUAGACAGCGAGCCGACUGAAAUUUUGCAAUCUCUAGAAGACAAGACCGACACAAACGAUCCGCCUGUAACGACCGAAGUAACCAAACCAGAAGACACGAAGGAACCGGAACCACUUGUAUCUUCCCCAGAGAAAGAAAUAAACGAAGAACCGAUAGCAAUCGACGUUGACGAAAACGUAUCGGCGGACGAAGGCAAGAUGGAUCGAACAAAUACAUCCAAUCCAGGUGACGAAAUCUCCACACAAGUGGAGUCAUCGAGUGACUCGACUGGCACGGUCAUAAAGCAUUCUCCGUCGUUGGACGAGCUAUCCUUCAUCGCCCAACGGUCCUUCGACAACGAGGACAAGCGCGUCGCAAGUGCCGAGCAAGAAAGUCCAGGCUCCGAUCUUUUGGGUGCACUUCCCAAGUCCAAGGUACAGUUCUACAUUGCGGACGAGAUCCUGGUCCUGAAACCCGAGAAACGCAAAGGGAACGUCUCCCCGCCGGAGAGCUUCCUGCAGAAACGACGCGACGACUUCUACAGCUCGCGGUUCCUCUCCAUCGACGGUGGCUUUUGGCCCGACAAGCGACCCUAUCACGAAGCCGAGCGCGAUCACUUCGAAAAUUUAGCCUUGAGCACGAAAAAGAGCCUCCCGCGAGUCGAUUCCGACGACCGUCACCGUCCGCGGGACGACGACCGCGACAAUUCGGGCGGCGGCGGUGGUGGUAGAUCGCGGGAUCCCUGCGACAAUUCGCGCUCCCUCCUGGGCGCGCCCCAGACGGAGCGCAUGGUGGCCGACUUGCCGGGUGGCAUUUGUAGCUGGAGCGACUAUAGUACUUACCUGUCGAGCGAGAGCGAGCGGACUGUAGAUCCGGACGGCCCGACGGCGCUCGGCACGGUCGAGGAUCCAACGAUCGACUCGGGUUUGUCCUUGGAUUACUCCUCGCCGAGCGACGUUCAGUCACCUCCCGACCUCCUCCCCCCUCUCCCGCCGUCGUCCUCCUCCUCCCCAGCUGAGCAUCCGCAGACCGAGUCGCGCACGGAGUCACCCGUAGACGCUGAAGUAAGCCCGAGGGAAGAAUAUCCUGCGCUCUCUUCGAGCAUCCUCCAAAGUCCCGAUCAUCAUCCCAGCACUGGUACCCAGUCGUCGACCCUCGCCCAUCUUCGUCCACAAUCCAAACUGCAUUUAGGUAGAGAAACGAGGGAGGAAUCCGUGCAACGGUGCAGCCCGAACGGGGUGGCGGAAAGUGAGACGGCCGAAGGCGAGGCUGAAAGAUGGAUACGCAGGAUCCAGGACAACGUCAAGGAAGGUCUCGCUUCUUUGCAAGUGAGACUUGCUUGUUCCGAGGGAACGAUGGGUUACUUACCUCAGGAUAACAUAGAGUCCAUGCUGUCGUCCCUUAUGACUGUAUUGGCGGAGCUUCACACCUACGAGGAGCCUGCAGCACAACUUCAAGAGCAAUUACGCGAGAUACCUGCCGACGUCGAGUCUCAAAGGCUGUCGUUGGCUUUGACGGGAUUUCAAACGCGCGUUGCCGCCCUUCUCGAUCAAGCGGAACAGGGGAAAGCAGCUCUCGAACAGGCGUUAGAAAGCCGGGGGAGGCGCGAGCAGGAGAUUGGAGCCUACAGGUUGUUCCUCGACGAGACGGAUACUUGGCUGAAAAGCGUCGUAUCGGAAAUGCAUGAGCAACAUUCGCUCAACACCAACAAGGCUUUGCAGGACGAAUUAAUGAGCCGCGCGAGUCGAGUGUCAGAGCUCGAGUCGCUUCCGGAGGUAAGCGGACUGGCGACGACGCUGAAGGAAGCCCUCUUGGACGUAAUCGGUCGUCUCCAGCAAAAGCAGCAGGAGAUCUGCGAUGAAGAGGCACAGGCCGACGACGACGAGUCGACGGAAAGAGACAAUGCUACUCUAGACGAAGCGCCUUCGAUUCAUUCCUCGGAAGGCGGUCCGCCGUCCUUGGCUGACGUCUCCCUACAGACAGGUCAAAGUUUACUGAUCGACGACGUGGUCGAGAAGAAAGUGUCGCAGCUGACGAAACAGACGUCCACGACGCAGAUGCCGUCGACGACGACGUGCCACUCGUUGACGACGCAGACGACGCAGGCUCCGCUGCCGAGCGAGAGCGCUCAGAAACAGGAGGCCAUAAAGGUCCUGAAAACCACCAAGGGCGAUCACGACGUGAUCGAGAUAGCGACGAAGUACGUGCCGCCGAGUUCCGCCGAGGAGGUGGCGCACCGGGAGCAAACGAGCGUUCUGCCCGGCGAGGACAUCGUCGUCGACAUGAAGUACCAGGACGCGAAGAAGACCGACAGCGCGACGAGCGAGCUGAAUAUCGUCCACGCGGCGCCGCAAUCCUUCGAGACGGUCCUGGUCGAGCCGGACGACGUCACCACCGAGGUGGUCGUCGAUGCCGACGGCACCAAGAGGAUCAUCGUGAGGAAACUGCGACGCACUACGGUCACCAGCAGGCAAACCACUCAGCAACGCGUGUCGACGCUGUCGACAGCGCUCGGGGACGCGCCGCCGAUGAUGCAGGCGUUCUCGGAGGCCGCGAUGAGGGAUCAGCAGGUGACCGUGACCAAGACCAGGCCGGACGGCACCAUCGAGACCACUACUAGGCAGAUUUACGGCGGCAGAGUCACCACGGCCGCGCCCACCGAAGGGAUCAACGUGGAGGAGUACGAGUCGGAGCCGCGCUACACGCACAUGGUUACGCAAGGUCAGAUCGGAGACAUCAGAUGUCAAAGCCCGGUCGAGGAGGAGAUCCUGAUGGAGGGCGGUGAAUACCAGACGAGGACGUCAAGCGUUCACGCCGUGGUGCAGCAGGUCACCAGGCGAGUAAUCAAGAGGACGCGCAGGAUCAUUCGGAAGGUCACCAUCAUAGACGGCAAAGAGACCACCACCGAGGAGGUGAUCGAGGAGCCCGAGGAGGUGGAGAUCGACGAGCAGGACAUACCGCAUAUCAGUAUCAACGUGGUGAAGAGCGAAGAUCAGAAGACUAUAGUCCCAAGGGAGAGGUCGAUCGAGAGUAAGGAGGAACAGAGUGAAGCGACGAGACCCGAGAUACCGACGGAACCUUGCGCUCCCGGUAGUCCGAUGCAGGGACCGUUCUUCGGGCCGUUCGCUAAGGACAUGGUGACCACGCAUCGAAUCGCAACCGAGAAGACGAAAACACCAACGAUGAUCAUGACGAAAGGCGACGAUGUCGUGGGAGUCGAAACGCUGAAUAUCGAGAAUCAAACGAAGGAAAGCGCGGCAUUGCGGAAAUCUACGGUAGAAUCAGCGGACUCGAAGGCAGAAGCGACGGAUACCAAGGUAGAGUCGCCGGAGUCUGCAGGAGGAGAAACGUCUCCGAAAGUAGUAGAAGUGUCGCGAGCCGAGAGUCCGCUUACCGUUCAGGCCGACGAGGGUGCUUCCCUAGCACGAGAAGAUGAAAGCGCAUCGCCGAGAAAAACAGAGGCAACGGGGAAACGCGAAUACGAGUUCCCCAUCGAGGUAAAUGGCGUAGGUACACCCACGGUCGCUAGUCAAGCGCUGAUCGAUGCUGAACGGAUGUCCGACGUUUUGCAGACCCCCGCCGAAGGCGACUCGGUUAGCUCGACACAAGCGGAAUCUAUAAAAUCCCCGUUAGAGCCGGCCGUAACGGAUGACGAACCGGUGGUCACCAAGGCUACUUGUAAGUCUGACGAUGCACAAGUAAAGAGCGAAACACCCAGUAUCGAGCUAGAGAAUGGCACGGUAGAAGUAGAAACGCACCAUGACGAUAGCAGCACCAUCAUAGAGGCCGGUAAAGAUGUCGAUGUAUUGACUAUCGUUGUGUUAGAGGAAGAGAUUGGGGGGAAGGAUAAGCCGGAAAUGUCAGAGAAAGACGCACUGUACGAACCGGCCGAGAGCAAAGAGGAAGACACGAUCGUGACGACGGCACCUCAAAGAUCGGAGCCGCAGGAUGAAUCUACCGUUCCGCCGAGUCGACCGGAUACCGUUGAGCCCGAUGAAUCCGUAGAGAGAACUGUCUCGAGAACAAAGGACAUGGGAACACCUCUGAGAGAACCGGAAGUAUCGUCGGAAUUGUUCAUAGGGCAAGAGGAGGACGAUUCUAAGGACGAAGCAUUCAAGCCGGAGUACAAGCCGGUAUUCCACAAGGUCGAGAUAUCCCUGUCGGUGCGCAAGGAGGACGAAGAGGCGGAGCCUUUGGUGUCCGUCAAAACUCGGGCGGAGAGGCCGGAGAUUGCCCCGUAUCGCAUCGUCAAGGAAGACGUGGACAUCAGCCUUCCAGCGGACACGGAGAGGACAGAGGUGAUACACGACAAGAUCGUGCAGACCAGCGCCUUUCUCACAGCCGAAAAGGAAACGGAGACUUCGCGGCGACACUCGGUGUCGACCGGCGAGAAGGAGAUCGACGUUCGCAUCGAAUCGUCGGAGAAGAGCAAGUCGGACACCGCGAGCCACAAGAGCCGGAAAAAGAAACGGCACAAGAGCAAGCCGGAAGAGAAGCUCUCGGAGAGGCCUGUGGAGACGGAAUCCAGCACCUCGAUCGCUACGUCGGUCGCCGAGUCCAUGGAGAUCAGCAUCCCCUCGUCCGGCUCGUCCAAGCACGCUAGCGAGCAGCCGCAGCCGGACGUUGCUGAGAUCAUGAGGUCCGUCGCCGAAUCGUCCCUGAGCUUGGACGAUCGCGUCGUACCGGAAGACAACGGGUACCAGCCGGACGAUAAAACGAUGGACGAGUCGUCGGUCGCGCCGGAGGACGAGGACGGCGCGAAGAAGAAGCGGAAGAGGAAGAAGAAGCAGAGGCAAAAGGUGCGCUUAACUCGAGACGAUGAGCUGACUCAGGUGCCCAAAUCCAGCAGUGACGAUGCCGCGUUCACGGACGACAGUCUUCCCCUGGAGGUCCCCAAGUUGGAGAAAAUGACCGAGGAAGAUAAGACGGAGGAAGACGCCGCGAUAGAGGGUGAUGUCGAAACGGUGGAAGAGGAUAAGACGGAGGAGGUUGAAAUCGAGGCGAGCCCGCGGGAGGAGAGUAUCGUCGUGCGCAAAGUUGCGCUGGACGACGCGGAUACUCAAACCAGCGUGGAGACGCGCGAUGCGUCAACCGCGCUCACCCCGAAAGCCGAGGAGGAGAGCCUCUCCGCAUUCGCGCAAACGUCUCCCGAGCCGGUGCCGCUGACUCUCGAAGAGGAGAUUCAGACGGCCAGAACCGAGGAGGCUCAUAUCGAGACGCAAACGACCCUGGAAGCCGGCCUCGACUUCAGCGCGCAGACCGUCGCGGAGGAGACGCCGGAGGUCGAAGAUUCCGGCGUGCAGACCGCGACGCCCACGGCGACGCUGAUGGAGGAACUCGCGGUGCAGACCAGCCCGGUCGAAGACGCCCCGCCUCUCGCGAAGGAGACAGAAGACUCCCAGGCGCAGACAGUCGAAAUCGACAUCCUCUCCACGGAAAUGCAGACCUCGCCCGUCGAAAUGGUUCCCAUGAUAGCGACCGAGACUCAAACGGCGACGAACGCCGUGACGGAAGUUGAGCAGCAAACCACGCCGUCACCGGUGGAGGAGGAAGUCGCGCUGCAGGAGACCGGCGUGCAAACGUCGACUCCCGAAGUACCGGAGUCUCUGGAGAAGGACAUGCAGACGAGCCUGCCGUCCAGUCCGGAGCAGCCGGACGUCUCGCACAUGGACACUCAGACGAUCGCAGUUCCGGAGGCGCCGGCCGAAACUACGGAGACUCAGACGACGCCCGAGGAGAGCCCCCGGCAGGUGGAGCUGCAGGAGACCGAGAUGCAAACGAAAUCGCCUGAACCGACCAUGGAGACGACGAUGCAGACGAGCCCGGUGACCGUCAGCCCGGAGUCCACGCAGGUGUGCGAGGAAUCCGCGCAAACCAGCAUCGAAGAGGCGAGGCGGACCACGGAGGAAGAGUCGCAGACCAGUUCGCCGGAGAAAACUCAGACCCUCGAUAGUUCGGUGCAGAUCGAGACGGUGGAGUUGAUACCGCAGGUCGAGGAAAGCGUGCAGAGUAUCCCCGAGACGUGCGAGAUCAGCGCGCAGACGUCGCCGAAGGUAGAGGAACGAACGAUCGAGACAGCGUCAGUGUCUCAGCAGACGGCGGAGGUAUCGACGCACACCGUCGAGGUAUCCACCGAGGAUCUCGAGGCAGAGACGGCCGAAGUGGUAGAGGUCCCGGAUGCGACCAUCGUGAUGGAGCCAGUCCCCUCGCAGGAGGCGGAGAAGGAAGAAGUGGUGUCUACGAAAUUAUUCGAAACUCCAGCAGCACCUGAUGUACAAGUACCAGAAACUGCAAGGCUCGUAGAGGAGGUGGAAGAAGCGGAAGCUGCGGGCGACGAGCCGGUCCCGCCGACGACGACCGUUGGUCUCCCGGCGGAGGUUCCGGAAAGCGCCGAAGAAACUGCGAGGACCCUAGAGGAGGUGGAAGAAGCGGAAGUUGCGACUGACGAGCCGGAAUCGGUCCAGCCGACGACGACCGCUGGUCUACCCACGGAGGUUCCGGAGAGCGCCGGAGAAACGGAAGCGCCCGUCGAGGAGGAGACGGGAGACCGACUUCCUGAAUUAUCCUCAGCGAGAGAUAGUCCGAAGCCAGCGGAGGCUGGCGCGAGGGCGAAGGGAUCUACGGCGUCCUCGAUAUCGGAAAAGGACUCUACCCCGGAGACGUCGUUCGAGAUCCACGUUCAGGCAACCAUAGAACUAUUCGCCAGCGACACCCUCGACAGCGCUGCGUCCGGCAGUAAAGAAUCGCCCGAUACCUCCCGGGAGACCACGAUCACCGAGGAUCUCAACAACGACGCGGGAGUUACGGAGCAGGAUGGUAAGGUGAAGCGGCAGAGGAGGAAAAGGAAGCACAAGACCAUGGAGAUCAGUCUGCCGAGCAAGUCCGAGCUGGACUCCAUAUUCGGGCAGGCCCAGAUCGAGACCCAAGAUACCACUUUGAAGCUCUCCUACAGCGACGUUGCCAAGAAGAACGCCGGCAGGCGAAGGUCCCCGGUAGGAGACGUUCUGGACGACAUCUUGGACGACGUGACGUCCGAGCAUGCCUCUAAGACGGCGCCCCAGCCUGGGGCGGACUCGAAGUCGCGGUAUACCGCGUCGAGAACUGUGAUAGAGAGCACGAAGAGAGAUGAGGAAGGCAUUCAAAGCACACCAGAUGUUUCAACUACCUCGAUAACAGUACCUACAUCGACGAUCGAUCAGUUCGCGAUCGACUCGAGUCGCAACAUUCCAGAAGCAGAAGUACCUGAAGUGCGAAUGCCUUUCGUGCUUGGUAGAGCACCGGCGAUAGAGCCGUUGCUGAUACCGGACCAGCAGAAAUUGCCGGAAGCGGCGCUUGCGCGAUCAUCGCCCGAGCCGAUGGACACCACCGAAGAACCGUUGACGCCCGUGGAAGUCGAGCAACCUAUCCUGAGUAAGAAUCAAGCCGCCAAACCGUCGCGGACGGAGAUUAAGACCUACGCUGAGGUGAUAUCCGAGUCGCUCAAGCAAUCCGCGCCACCUAGCCUGACCGGCGUCGAAAGAUAUGAGGAGUCGCAAUUGUGGAAAGAAUCCUCGCCUCACGCAUUGUCCGCGACCUUCCUUCUGAAGGAGUCUAUGGAGUACGGCGUGAAGCCGCAACACCAGGCGGCGCAAACGAUACAAGCCACUAGACUGAUCAACGAUCGGGUGAAAAGUCUGCAGAACGCCAACGAGUCGGGUCACCUGGCCAACAUCCUGCACAUCGCGCAUCUGGAGGAGGUCACUACGGAGAGGCUCGCGGAGGAACGCUCGUCGGACGUUCGCAGGGAGUUGGCGCACUUGAGGAACGCCAUCGAAGAGAACGACGUGGUGGUCGUCGAAGAGACACUCGUCACCGUCGUCGAGACGAUCUCGACCUGGCUGGAGACCAUCGAGUAUCGAAUCUUGCUGAACAGAAAUUGCCCGAGCGGGCCUUCGCACGAAGACGCCAGGACGUUCGUCGAGCUGAAGGACGAAGUGAACCACGUGAAGGAAAGUAUCCGUGAACUCGACAAUAUCUGGGAGCAAGUGGAGCCGAGCUACCCGGAGGAGGAGAGGGAGAGAUUGCAGGAAUGCGUGGACGCUCUCGAGCAUCAGGUGAAGAUCAUCGAGCACGUCACCGCCGACGGGGAGAAGUACGCGAGCAGCCAGCUCGCGAGAUGGGACGACUUCCUCAAUGGCGUGAACAAUGUGUACAGGUUGGUCGAGGAGCAACGAAAGCAGCUAGAUUACAUAGUCGAAAGCGAAUAUUCCACACAGUGGAAGCUGCAGGAACUGGACAAGUUUGAGAACACGAAUCGCUGUCACAUGUGGAAGACGAACAAGCUUCUAUGCGCCGCACGCGAGUUGCUUCGGGAUCAUCCCGGCAAGAUUAUACCCGAGGAAACGUACGCCGCCCACGAGAUAACUAAGAUCAUCGAGCACGGCAUAUGCGUCGAACGGGAGCGUCUUCUUCAAUUGCUCGCCUUGGCCGAGGAGUAUGAGCAGACGCUUCAGGAAUUCUCGCAGAUUACCGAGAUCGCGGAGAACCUACUGGACAGCCCGAUCUCCGUGAUGAGUCUGGAGCACCUUCAGGAAGAGAUGCAGAAACACCGCAAGUUCUUCGUCAACCUGAACCACUGUCUAGCGAUCCUCGAGUCGCUGGAGGGCAACCUGGACCCGGAAACGAGAGCCAAACAUUCCGACCUGCACGAGAAGCUUCACGGCAGAGCGACGGCAUUGCUCGAUCAGGCAGCUUCAAGGGCGCAACAAAUGGCAUUGGCCGCGUCGCGAUGGAUGCUCCUGGAACAGGGCCUGAAGGAGGAGAGAGGCUGGCUCCAGGUUGCGCAUCAACGCGUUCCCGAUCUCCAAACGGUGACCUCGAUCGACUACGAUCAGUACAUCUCCUUAUAUCAGUCCCUGUCAUCGGACGUAGCGACGCACCACGCACGACUGAUUCAACUGCUCGACGUGGCGCGAGGCCUCCGCGACCUCGUAAACAUCGAGGACCCCGAGGACCGAUACGGCGAGGCCCUGGAUGUGAUAGUGAAGCUGCAAGAGAACAUUGAAUCCUCUCUCAGGAGACUGCUGGUCUUCAAGGACAGUUGGAACAAUCAGGAAACGCUGACCGAUCGUCUGGAAAAGUGGAUGACGAUAGCCGAGAAGGAGCUUGCCGUGUUGCGCGACCCAUCAGGGAGCUCCAUGCGCCAGUUUUGGGAAUUGAAGGCGCAGUACGAAGUUCACAACAACAUGCGCAACGAAGCGUAUAACCACUUCGAGCAAGCCCUACGAGUGAUCCCCUUGGCGGACGAAAUGCUGCAGCGACAGUUCCGAGGCGAGCUGCACAAUCGUUGGAAGGAGGUGAGCAAGAAGAUCACCGAAAUCCAGAAGGACGUCACUCGCAGCAUCUCGUCGGAGGAGAUCUCGUCGAACGAGAAGCUGAAACUGCUCGAGAAAGAGCUGAACGAAUUACGGAUGACGAUCAACAGCUUCCACGGGGUAUUGAAGACGGAGGAGGAGCUCGACUUGUACGUCGAGAGGCUCACCGUGCUGUUCGACAGGAUCUUCCUGAUCCAGGACGAGAUAGGUCGGCUGGGUCUCCUGCCGGCGGCUGAGAGCGAGAGAGUCGGGAUCCUGCUGUCGUCGGCGCGUUGCAUAGAGAGUCUGAUCGGCGAGGAACUGGACUCGGCGCAGUUGCUCCGAGAGAGGAUGCAGUGCCUCCAACGUGGACUGAGUCGCUUCAGGAAGGCUCACAAGAGACUGUCGGCGACGCUGGAUCAAUGCGAGGGGAGCGAACGGCAAGGGAGCGACCUGGUGGCCGCGGCGGUAGAUCGCUGUCAAACGGUCGCGGACGAGUUGGCGCUUCUCUGGCAGGAUCUAAUGGCGCUGAGACAAAUGCUGCACAACUUGCCAACCGGCAUGAGGGUGACGGUGUCGCCGGUGGGCAUCGAAAGGGACCUGUCCAACGUGCAGGACACGCACACCGAGCUGGAGUCGAGAUGCGCUCGUCUGCUCUCGUUGCUGCACAACAAGCUGGCGAUGUGGCGGCGAUUCGAGAGGCAGCUCGAGAUGGUGCAACAGUCCGUCCAGGAGGCGGACUACAUGAUGGAACUGUUGACCGUCCAGGACACCGUUGAUUACGACAGAUUGCUCAAGGCCACCGAGCGACUUGAGGGCCUGAGCGGCGAUUUGGGUGCCCGUGAGGUUCUCAUUGGCGAACUACGUGCCGCCGCCGAGCCUUUGCGGGAGAGUUGCGCCGCAGAGGUCCGCGAGAAGGUCGACGCCGCGGUAAAUGAGGCUGUACAGGCUUGGGAAGACACAAAGGCCGAAUUGGACGCCCUUUGCACCCGAUAUCAGCGCGCCUGCAAUCUCUGGCAACAGUACAGGGACUCGAGCGCCGCGGUGAAAGCCUGGGUGGACACCCAGAUGAACACCGUGGUGAACCUACCACCGGAGGAAGCAGCCAAACAGAUCAAGACUUACGCAGAGUCAGUCUCGGAGUACAACAAGACGCUGAUGUCAAUACGCGAAAUGGUAACACAGAUCGCAUCGGACGUGGGCCUGCACGAGGACAGCAGUGGAUCGUUGCACACCGAGGUCAAGGAGCUCAGCCAACAAUUCGAAAAUGUCCGCGAAUCCUUGAGUAAUAUCGCGAACGAGGUAGAUGCCCGCCUCCACAACCAGGAAAUCACGCACAGCCAUCUUUGUCAGACGAAAAAUUUCCUGGAGUCGGUCCAACAGAGUCUCACGACGGUGGGUCAAGGUGAGUCGAAGGAACGGCUGACGAUAUUGCGGAAUCAUCUCUUGACGCUCACACGAACCGAACCCAAGCUUCAGUCCAUAAAGAAACACGAGUGCGAGGGGUCCGCGCAAGAACCGUCCGUGGUUGAGAUAUUGCAACUGUGGCAGCACGUGUUCCGGGAGACCUUUCAACAAUAUCAUCAUCUAUCCCUGCGACUGAUCCGUUCGCAGGAUGUGGUCGCCACGUUUAAACUCUGGGAGGAGUACCUGACGAACGUGCAGGACUUCCUGUCCAGCGAUAUGCCUUUCGACUACAACGGGCUAUCGGAGGAUCGGAGUGUCUGCGAGAUACACAAGGAAAUCCUGCCGGAACAGCGGACCUUCAUAUUGUCUGUGCGGCAACGGGAGGACAAAGACCGAGCGAUCGCCGAGCAGUUUAACACCCUAACGAAACUGCAUAAUGAGACGCUCGACAAGAUACUCGAGCGGCUCGAUAAUGUCAGCAACAGGAUAAUGGCUUGGGACAGGUACAAGCAGAGCCAAGGCGAAUUGUUGGCCUGGGUGAAGCAGAUCGAGGAGGAUCGACGGUCCUUGCACUUGCAGCAUAUUUAUCUCAGGCGGCUGGACAAGAAUCUACAGAGGAUCCAAGAGCUGCUGGACAAAUUGCCAGACGGCGAGGCGCAUAUAAAAUCGCUGGAAGAGCAACGAGAUCACCUGAUGGUCGAUUACGACGUAUCAUCGUUCACCACGAUACGCAUAGAGCUCGCGGCGAGCUCCGAACGCAUCUCUAAUUUACGCGCCGGUCUGGAGACCUGGCGGGAUCAUCUACAGAAGAUACAGAAACUGCACGCGGACCACGUCGAACUAUCCGGGAUGAUCAAAACGACUUUCGAGGAUAUCGGUCAGGAAUUAAGCUCGGCCUUCCACGCGAAGCCGUCGAGUCUGUCCAAGACGAGGGAACAGUUGAACUCGCUUCAGGACCUGAGAACUCGUCUGCUCGUGGGUCGACGUAACCUGAAGUCCCUUGGGGGCAUCAAUGAGAAGUUGAGGGACGGCUUGUCCCCGAGGGACACCAAAACACUGAUUCAACAAGAGACUAUUCUGUCGCAAAAACUCGACGAUCUCGAGUACCAGUUGGAAAUGUUGGCGUACAGUCUCGAAGACCGCUGCAAUCUUCGAGGUCGGUGGGAGCGCAAGCUGAACAAGUUCCUGCAGUGGAUGGAGGACACCACGACCCGAAUACGAAGCUACGACACCAUGGCGUUGGACGAGCCCGAGGAGGCGUUGAAGCGGAUCGAUCGCGAGCUGCAGACGGAGAUGAACCUGAAGCAGCGUGAACUCGAGUGGCUGCAGACCAGGGGUCAGGAAUUGAUAGAGCCCGCCGAGGAGCCGGAGAAGAUGGAACUGCAGCAGUCUUUGAACGAGGUCAAUGAGAAAUGGGAUCACUUGAUGUCGGGCAGUAAGGCGAGAGCCAGCAAGUUGGCCGACUUAAUAGAUACGAUGAACUCGUUGUUGAAGAGGAUAGUCGACUUACAAACUUGGUUGACUGGCAUCAAGAGCCAAUUGUCGGGGACCUUUGUCGUCGAGAAGCUCACGCAGAAUUGCAUCGAUCAGACGCUCGAGGAUCACAGGCAUCUCAAGACGGGCAUCGAAGCCGAAGCCGCUAAUAUCGGCGAGGUGUUGAAUCUGUGCGAGAUCCUGCUGAACGACUGCGACACGUGGAAGGUCUCCUUCGACAUGAACGCGAUCAAGAACGGCAUGAAGAAAUUGGAGAAUCAGUGGAAGACGGUGUGCGAGAUGUCUGCCGAGCGCAAGAGGACAAUCAUAAUAGUCUGGGAGAUGCUGCAGGAGCUGGAGAAGACCAGAUGCAAGUUCGAACCUUGGCUGGCCAAGACGGAGAAGUCCCUGUUGAACCUGGAGAAAGAUCUCAAGAAGGCCUCAGAGGAGGAGUCGAAGAUAGUGAUCGAGGUCGAUGCGGUGGCCGAGGACAUCAAGGCGCACCGACAGAUCUUGAAGAGUCUUGAGGAAAGGUACGGGUACUUAGCGAAAUCCAGGUUAGAGCCCAACAACUUCCAUUCGCUCACCAGCGAGGUGCAGAAGACCAUCAACAGGUGGUUGGACGUCGAAGCAAAGAUCAAAGCUCUCAUGAUGUGGUCCUGCAAAUCGGAGCAAUCGAUCUACUGUCAGUUCUUGACCGCCCACGGAGCUGCUGUGGUGGGUCUAACACAGGUGGAUGUCUCUCUCACGCAGUAUCUAACUAAGUCCGGACGAAGGUCGUCAGUGGAGUUGAACAGUAUCGAGGAGAACUUCAACGCCCAGACCGUCAACCUGCAGAGAGCUGACGAACUGGCGCUGCAAGUCAUGAAGGAGAGCACCACCGAAGACGUGGCCACGAUCCAAAAGCUGGUGGACGAGUAUCAGCUACUAUGGACGGACAUCAAAGACCGACUAGUCGUCUUAAAAACGGAGUUGAGGAAGGACGAGAAACAAGUGGAGGAGAAGUCGGAGGUCGACGAGGCAGUGCAGGUGGAGACCCUGAAGUUCGAGCAGGACAUGGCGGUUCAAGUGGACACCCUGCCAAGGCCCGUCAGAAUGACCUCGCGCCCCAACGAUCUGCAGGGCGUUUUAAACAAGUGCAACAGCGACUUGGACGCUCUGGAGAAAGCGGUAACGCCCACUCCCGUCGCCGGUCCUGGAUUAAUCGAGACGGAAAAUACUAUCUCCGAAUUAAUGGCAGAAUGCCGUUCCUCGAUGGGAUGGAUAUAUCACAAAUAUAGUGAUGUACUCAUGGAAGACAACACUUCGAACAGCGAGGUAAUGGCACUAUUAACUCGAUACGAAACAAUCAUUACACUAGCAGCAACACGUCAACAGCAGAUCACAGAGAUCAGACUGCUCAUCCUCGAUGCUUACGCUUUUCCAUGCAAGCACGAUAAGAACAAAAUCACCUGCCCACCCUGCUUCCGUCACAAUUGGACCCAGGUGAACAAUGACCUCUGGCGUUUGAACAAAUGGUUGGAGUUUGCCGAGGGCACGCAAAGCGAGCAACGCUCGCCGCCGAGCGACAUCGAGCAAUUGGAAGACGUGAUUCAGAAUCAUCGCAAAUUCCUGCUCGAUCGCGACAGCCACAAGAGAAUCCUGCUGAAUCUCAACAUAGUCGGCGGCCAUUUGGUUGAUCACACGAAAGACGCGGAAUGCGUGGAAGAGCUUCGCGAUCGAUUGGCCGUGGCCAACGCCAGAUGGGAGAAAAUCUGUACAGCUGCCACACAGUGGCAGGGCCAGCUGCGGGACGCCCUUAUGACGAAUCAACAGUUCUAUCGUAUCAUGGAAGAAUUAUCUACCUGGCUCGAACAUAUCAAGAUCAACGUACGAGCUAACGAACCGAUUAUGCAGAAUGAAUCCACCGAUGUUAUGGAAAUGAAAUAUAAUACGUUCAGGGAAAUGGAAAGCGAUCUGGAUCGUUGCGAGCAGCGAGUGAUAUCUCUGCAAGCGUCGGCUAAACUGAUCUUGGAGGAACAAUCGGACGCCAACGCGCGUCUGCAGAAGCUGCGGGAACAGAUGCAUUCAUUGAGAAAGCGCGUCGCGAUCAACGCUAUCAAGUUAGGAAGAGCUCUCGAGAUCGAAGUGCGGGAACUCAUGCCCCUCGCUGGCGCAAUGACUCUCGGAACUCUGGCGGACGAACUGCUCGGCGAAGCUGCCAUUCGGACUGCUCAGCCUCACGUCACCGGCACAAAUGGUGACGAAAGCGAGGAACAGCGAUCGGUGUUGGCGCGUGGAUACCGUUUCAUCGGGAGAGUCCUGCGGUUCUCCCUACCGAUCCAAGCGCUGAUGCUGGUCCUGCUCGGCGCUACGUCGCUGGUGCCAUACGCAGAAGAAGAUUACAGCUGUAUGAUGUCUAACAACUUGGCGAGAACCUUCAUACCGUUACCCUUUUACCCGAAUGGACCUCCACCGAUAUAACAGUGAACAGCCGACGUCCUCAUUUGUUCGUCGUGCCAUUCAACCGAGAUCGAGCCUCGUUGAAACGUCGGCGGGCGAGCCCACAUCGAUGUAACAUACGAAACGACAGAAAGAUCGCGAUCAAUCCAUUCACCCCCACUUUCUUCCCCUUUCGGUCUCCGCACACUGAGAAAAAGAUUUGAAAUCAAAGAUUUUAAAGUUCGCUUGUAAAAUACAAGCUUUAUUUCGCAGAAAUAAAGGUUUGUUUGAAAAUGCGGCGAGGUAAAAUUUUAUUCCUGGCAAAUAAAUCAAUAAAUAAGGAAACUUACGUAUAUUUCACAAAAAUACAUGUUCCGUCAUCGAGAGUCAAAUUUUUUUUCUAACCGAUAAGUGCCGAAUAAAUGUCACAAGAAACGUUUAUUUUGCAAAAUUUCAAUUUUUUUUUCUCAGUGCAGAGACCGCUUUCUGCGGGACAUAUGCGCGCGCGCGCGUGCGUGUAUGUGUAUACUUGCGUAAGAUUCAUACUGCCUCCCCCCUAAGGCUCGCCCCGUCGGUGUUUCACACCAGAAACACCUUUAUAUAUUAUACGGUAGUUUUACACACGAGGAAUUUCUACGUACGUAAAUCGUGUAACGGACCAAACGGUGACUGAGAAUACGUAGUCGAGACGAGAAAGCAUUCUUAAUUUAUUGUAUACAUGUAUCGCCCCCCCCCCCAUAUUCGCCAUUACGGCGUGUGCAAUAUUGUGUUCCCUCCGUGUGCGAUGGAUGCACGUUUCGAGCGGUCUCAGCUAUCGCGGUGAGAAUUGUAUUUUCGACGAAGUGUUCGCGUCGUCGGAGCGACCGGGACACCGGAUUGACGAUCAAGACGCGUCGCACGAACGCGAACGACCGACAGAGACGAUUUUUCAUACACAUACCUUAUACAUAUAUAGCAAACGACGUUCCACGAUGUUAAAAAGCAAAGCGACGACUUUCGGACGCGCGAUCUCGCAGCCUCGCGAUUCAUCGCUUUCUGUUGUACAGUUUACUUUUCGCUUUUCGGGGUGCAAAGCCCGAUGUUGCGUGCGCGAGCGAGCGAGCGAGCGAGCGAUAUGCAUGAAAUAUGAGAAAAAAAUUGCAAGGAGGUAAAGACAGGAAGGAAAUGAUGCGAGAAACCCUCAAAAACGGCCGCAAUGUAUGAUGGAACACACGUGUGUAUGCGUUGAACCUCGUAUUUAACGCGUGCCCCACACCGUACGCAACACAUUCGUGAUAGAAGAUUGAACAUAAGAAAUAUAUAUACUUGCCUAACUUUAUUUUUUAUACAUUAUGUUUAUAUAUAUAUAUAUAUAUGUAUAUGUAUAUGUAUAUGUGUACAUGUAUGUAUAUCAAAGCGUGGCGUUGAGAAUCAGUUCUCGCGAGCGAAACGUCCGGCGUUGCGCCUCACGUUCCCUCUCUCGACUUGAUGUGACCGGCGGGCGAUUAAUGGUGCUAAUCCGGAGCGCAACGUCUUCUACGGGGGAGGGAAAGGAACGACCUUGUGUGGUGGAAACAUCGAUCUUUUGCAGAAACGUUUUGCCAGUUGCAUUAAUUAAUAUUCCAUGAAUAAAGUUAAGGAGAAGUUGUGCACGACGACUGUGUGCGAUCUGUUCGUGUAAGUAUAAAAGAUAAAAGAAAAAAGAAAAAAAAAGAGGAAAAAAUAAUCACGGGGAUAAUAAUGAUAAUAACUAACGAGACAACGCACAGAGGAAUGAGCGCGCGUAUUAUUAUAUAAUUCAUCCUGUGGAGAUUAAUCGAUCUUGUAACGCUCACUAGUUACGCUUUCGAGGUUGAGUUCCCUGCUUACCGCACAUUGUGCUUCGUUAUGUAUUUUUAUAAAGAGAGAGCUUAAGGAAGGUGGUGUAUAUCUAUCAGUAUAAUAUAUUAUUAUGAACGUA